CUCCAGGAUUGUGCUUCCUCUUCCCUGGGAUCCACCCCGUGUCCUGAGGCAGGACCUGUGCAGUGCUGGAUCACUGAUACAUUGUAUCUCCCCUGAAUGGGCUCCUGUCAGGGAAGCUCUGGCUCUGCAGCAUGCCGGUUAAAAGCAGGUACAACUUGGUGGACGAUGGGCACGACCUGCGGAUCCCCCUGCACAAUGAGGAGGCUUUCCAGCAUGGCAUCUGCUUUGAGGCCAAGGUGAGAGCUCAGGCUUCCUGGUGUCAUUUCUGCUGUGAGAGGGAGUUGAGACCCAUGUCAUGGUGUAUUCAGGUGACAGAUUUCCUCCUGUAUAUGUCUGUGGCAGGGGGCAUGACACCCAAUGGUGGGUAGGUGGGUGUGAUGAGGGCAUGUUUAAGCGUGUGUGUGCGAUUUUCUUUUCUUUCAUAUCUUGAUUUUAUUCUAAAUAUAAGAAGGUACAACUCACCAGGCUGCCUUUUGGAGGGACUCCAAUUCUUAGUAUGGGGUAAUGAACGCAGCCUUUACUGUGAAUAUAAAUCCACAUGUAGGCAGGUGCUGGGAGAGAGCCAUACCUAUGUAUUUUGGGGUCACUGACUCCCAUCUUGUAAUGUUUAUAAGUUUGUUACAAGAUGUUAACCAAUAGAGGGUAUGAUUUGAGUGUCUAAACCUGCAAUAUUACCUAUAUUGCUUUAUUCUAGGACAGAACAAGCUUUCUACUGAGCAUUCUCUGUGUGUGUGUGUGUACUAUUAGAUCUUUUUGAUUCACCAUUGGAGUAUAGCAAAACAAAAAGCAGUAUUGCAAUGGUAGUUUGACAGCAGCUUGAGUGGGACCUACAUUAGAGAGUGGCAAUUCCUACUAUAGCUUAUUAUUUUCACAUAACAUAGAAUUAGUUAUUUAAAAAAAAAAAAGGGGGGGGGGGGAUAUUGGCCUUUAGAAUAGCAAAGCAUGAUGGGAGUUGAAGAAGUAAAACACUAGGGCAUGCUUCCCCAAACUUUGGCCCUUCAGAUGUUGCUGAACUAAAACUCCCAUGAGUCUCAGCCUAUCUAUUUCAUUCAUAGAAUCAUGGGAGUUGUAGUUCAGCAACAUCUGGAGGGCCGGAGUUUGGGGAAGCCUGCACUAGGGGAUCAAUGUCCCUACUUGUAACUCACUAACACAUUCUGUAGCGCUGCUCAGUUUACAUCAUCUCUGUUCCAUUGAAUGCAUUCCUACCAUUGAUUUAGGAAUAUGGCUCUUCUAUGGAUCUUUUUAUCAGAGAUAAUCUUCACUUCCUACCUGCUAGGGGAGACGUUGGUAUAAUACAGUUUUUAGAGAUACUUGACGCCAGUUUGAUAGGAACCAGGUAAGAGUUGCAUUCAUAAACUGCAUUUAAUGCACAGGUGAGUUAGCGCUGCAUUAAUAUGAUUAAUGUGGCUUUUUAACACAAACCAACAAUUAUGACAAUAAAUAAUGAACUAUCCUGGGUGCUUAUCCUUCAAAUGGUGAAUCAUAGAGAGUAGGUUCGUAUUUUCAUUAUUUAUUUUUUAUUUUUAGAAUUAAUGCAUAAUUGGCAAAGUCUGGGAAAAGUCUGCAAUUUGUGUAAUUUUGAUCUAAGUUUUGGAAAUUGUUAAUCUGUUUUUAAACUGUUUGCAGUGUAGAAAAUAAAAGCUCAGUCCAACUUGUCUUGCUGCAAAUAUUUGUCUGUUAGUACCCCUUUUGCAAAGUGCUACAGAAAUUGUUGAUGCUUUAUAAAUAAUAAUAAUAAUAAAGCACAUUUUACUAUUUAGAGAAUAAACCCUUUCCGAUUUUCCACUAAACUGGGAAUUAAGGAGGUCAUUUAAAAUUUAGGCCAAACUGGAAAAAGUCAAAUUCUUCUAUAUUCUCUUCUCAACUUUAUUGACCUAAAUUUUGCAUUCUCCUGGUUAGUACCCAACAGUUGCUGGUAUAGUAAAUAAACUUGCUAGAGCCAACAAUUCAAUAUGUUAGCACCUAUUUAGCAUGUAAUUGCCUGCUGAAUACCUAUUUGUAGGGUCUAUCAAAAGCUUGUUACAAAUGUUCUGCUUCUGAGUUUGAAGUCAUAUGAAAAUGUGAGACUCCUUUGGGGAUGCUGAGAUUCAAAUCAGAAGUACUUGGACAAAUGGAAAGUCGAGUCACUUGUUUCAUCUGAUGUUUUGUUAAAACUCCGCUCUCAGUGAAAAGAGGUGUACAAGGGUACACUAUUAUUGUCAUUUAUGAUUAAAAGGUUUACAUGUACUGAUUGUAAAACUUUCAGUGCAAAAAGUCACAUUGCAUGUGGUUAUGAUGCAUUUUAAUGUUGCUCACAAUUGUUUCAACGUCCGGCUGGAAGGAUUCUUAUAUAUUUUUUCUGCCGCUUAGUAUUCCCUUUGUCCUGUGUCGUUACUGUUUAGUUAAACUCAAAUGCAUUUUGUUGACCUUAUUUGUGUCUAAAUAAUGUGCUUUAUUAUUUAUAAAGCAUUAACAUUUAUCUCCAACUGACCAAUGUUGCCAUGUUGACGGUAUUUGUGUCCGAUGUAACUUCACAGAGAUCCCAAUGUUGCCACUAUCUGCAUGGCCAUUUCCGUCCAGUGUCUGCUGCCAUUUCCAAAUGCCCAGUUUUCCUACUGUCUGCAUUUCUUCAUUUCUACCUGUUCAAUUUAAUUUAUUUUUGCCCUUCUAUUUUUGCAUUGCCACCUUCAGUUCUUCAGUAGUGUGUGAUUGUGUCUGAGUACUUUGCCUCUGCUCUAGGCCCAUAUCCGGUAUCCCACCAAGCUGCCAUGUCUUGCCACACUCCUCAUCAGUAUAAGGUUGCUUUAGAUAUUUUGUGUUGCCUCUUUCAUUCAUCCAGUUGCUGGUUAAGGACCAUUGCCAGAUGUCCUGAAUCUUUUGUAACUGCUACAUGUUAACACAACCUGUAAAGUUGAAGAUCACACACUUGUUAAAAUGUAGGCCUUACUUACUGAAACGAAAGGUCUCCAAUUUAUCAAACCACAGCACCAUCCCUGGCGUCUGCACUUUGAGACCAAAUUCUGGGCCUCCAUGCUAGCAAUUAAAGUUAUUUUAGUUUUUGUAUUUUAGUCAAAUUACAUAAAUAUAUCCCAGUAAUAAAAAGGUUUACAGAUUCUCCAACCUGUAGGAGGCAGAUUGAAUUUCUGAUUACUUUGCUAUAUCUGUAGGGAAAUGCUUACAUUCCUUGAGGAGGGGUUUCAUUUGUGUGUGUGUGUGUGUGUGUGUGUGUGUGUGUGAAGGGGGGGGGAGGUAGGGCAGGGGGUGAUUGUUGGUGAUGUUGCAGCUGUUGCUGGUCUGGGUUAGCAUAAGAACAAAGUGCCUUAUCUGUAGCAGGUUACCUGACAGACUACAUUCUAUCCAUAUAUCUUUCUGGUUUUACAAAGGCUCCAUAAUUCUAAUGUGUGACAGAUAUCCUUAUCUGCUAAUGCAUUGCUAUGUAAUCCUGCCUCUUAUUACAGGAAGAUGACAGCUGACUAGUCUCUGUGAACACAUUCCAUUAAGCAGAGUUUUUUUUUUUUUCCCUUUUCAUAAAUAUCUCCACGCAGUCAUUUGGACCUUGAACUGGAUGACAAUGGCUUAUCACGCACCUAUGAUUUCUAAAGCUUGCUCAGCAUUGGGGUUGACAAGGGAUCACAUAAUUUAGGGGCCCUGCUGAAACAAGUUAGGAGCCAAACUGAUAAAACAAGGAUGAUGAAAUAAAUGUAUUUAUUUAUUUCGCUCCCUACAUUCCUCGUGUGUUUCUGAUGGAAUAAAUACUAGCUAGGUAUUGUAUGUUAUUAAUUUUAUUAGUAAUAUAGCCGUAACAUCCAGCACCAGUUUCAGUGAGAUAUAAAACUGUAAAUACUUGAUGAUAAAAUUAAACAGAAACAAGAAGUGAAGCUCAAAUAGGCUUAUUUUGCUUUAAAUAAAAGGUCUCUCUCAGACCCUUACAGAUUGAGAGAACCAGUGCUGCCCAGUACAAGCUUUCAGUUAGAUUUCCUGUCUUCUUCCUUGGAAUAUCCUAUGUCCUAGUAUAGGACCUCCUGAUUGGCUUCUCAUUUCCUGUCAUUUUCAAAAUUUAUAUUUUAUGAGUUGGUUAGAAAGAGGUGUAGUGUACAUGGCCUUAACAAUUUCUGAUGUUUCAGCAUAUCCUUCAGUGCAAAUGUGGAUCUGUUUUUCAUCCAGUUGAAUUCAUUGAUGGGCAAUGAAGGCACUUGGACAAGCCUGUGUGGACCUCUCAUUAGACAGCUUCAACCCAGAUGCCAGUAGAAUUUGUGUAUAAUCUAGAUGAAAAUGUUUGUGUAUGCGUAUGUUCGUGUUUUUUUUUAUUUUUUUUUAUGUGUAUAAGGGGUUGAUUAGAUGUAUUGUGUGUUUCUCAUCAAUUGGUCCAUAAGCAUUGUUUCACAUGUGUGGACUUGAUCGUGCAUUGGCAUUCCACUGGUAUAAUUUAUACCUUUUUUUUUGUAUUCAUUGUGCAUUAAAAUAGAACGGAGCCUAAGGGCUACAUUCUAUUUUUAUUUUUAUAUUGCUGGUCUGCAGCCUGCAUUUUCCCAUCAUUUUAUAAUGGCAGUGGGCGACAGGUUUCUAAAUCCUUCAUGGUCUGUUUCAUAAGUGAAUGAUAGGUUUCUUUAUCUGAAUAAAUUAACUUGUGACCAAGGUGGGGAUCUUUGCACUCUAGUAAAUUCUUCUCCGUCUGCCCCAAUAUGCACACAAUAAAAGCUUUAAAUUAUAGUGAAACGAUUCUGUUGGUGUUGUUUGGUUAGGUUUGCAUUUAAACAUGGAUGUUAUUGACAUGUUCUCCUGCCUGGUCACUAACCUGCACCUCUCCUACGUGUUCUGUCCCAUCCAGCCUGGGCACGUCUGCUGCCUAUCUCCCAGGAAAAUAAAAUGGAAAAUCUAUUGUUUAGUGCAAAUCCCUGAAUGAAUAAACAUAGUGAAUCACAGUAGCAACUCUGCCAAGCAAAUAUAAAGGAAGUUCUAGGGCAAGUGUGGGAUUACAGGAUUUGGAAUGUUACUUGCUAGUAACUUUGUUAUUCACUUACAGGAAAUUCUUCUGACUCUUUUUCAUAGAAUUCCAUAGUUUAGUAGAGAAUAUGAUGUUUCUUAAGGAUGUUCAUGAAUAGAACUGAGUCCCAUGGUCUAGUCUCCCCUUCAAAUCAAAUGUGCUCAUUUGUUGGAUGGAAUUUGACACAGUUGGCCAAUGAAUUCCAUCCAGAUAUGGGUGUAAUUGAUUUAACUAUAAUGCUAAUCUAGACGUUCCACACUUGCAAUAUCAGAGACAAAUAAAUGUAAUAGUUAAAAUACAACAUGAAAAUAUCAAAGUUAAAACAUAAAUACACGUCCACAAUAACUGAAAUGUCCUUUACACUUAUAAAGGGACAAACAAUGCAGUGCCCAUAUGGAGCAUAAUAGCUUAGUGGCACAACUUUCACCAAUUAGUAUCAUCAGUGCUCUUGGGUGUCCAUGACCUUCAGCAUAUGUAAUUAAACCUGUUUUUGAAGGCACCAGCUUUGUUUUUCCUUGUGAUAUUGGCCCUUCUAGAUUAGCAUGGGGAGAUGAAUUAUGAAAUCAUGGAUUAGGCGCAGUGUUAAAACCAGCUAAAUUACAGGCUGAAAAAGUUUUUUUUGAAUUUUGAACUGUAACCAAUGUGAUAACUGUUGCAUGAAAAUGGCUAAUAAUCAGAAAAUAUUAUCACUAGGUUACCAUGCUGUAUUGUAGGGAUUGACCAUUAUAAUUUUUCCAGGAAAAAAAAAGUUUUGAAAAAGCAACACAAUUUUUACAGAAUUCUAGCAUUAACUGAACAUGCUAACAACAAUGACACUCCUGUCACUCUCAGUGAGAUUCCAGCAUGCACAGUGCUGUUAGGUUAGAGACCGGAAUAUGAUUUCUAUCACUCUCGUGCAGAGAGGCCAGUGCAUUACAGUAGAUUAUUCACGGUCUCCACUUCAGCUGAGCUCUUCAUAUGGGGACUCACGGGGAGGGACGACAUGAGGUUGUUUUGUUUUUGAGUUUUUUGUUUGUUUGUUUUAAAUUAAAUAAUUUGCAAUUCUCAGGUGAAUUCCUGACAACUCAAGGUUUUGUGAGUAACUCUUGCUGUAUCAGAAAAGUCUUACAUUUAAACCAAAUAUUUUUAUUUUAAGGAAAACUAAUACCCAAUUUUUAGUUGACUGUCUUUCUCUCCAAUGAGACGGUUUCCUCUUUAAAAGGAGAGCAAAUGGUUAUUGAUACUUUUUGUAAUGUUAUGGGGCGGAGUUAAGAUUCUGUAUAAAUAAAGUGUUGGGAAGAUAAGACUAUGGCAGUGUUCUGAUACAUUGAGAAUUAACAUCUGAGUGAAUCACCCUCUUGGAAUACAAAAAUAUUACAUGUAUUAUGAAGGUGCAGUGUUUGUACAAUAGGUUUGAUCUGGUACCAUAAAAUAACCACACAUCCCUUGACCAUUAUACAACCUUAUAGAGUUAUUAUUUGAACAAAUUACUCCCACGUAAUGGCUUUACAUACUAUUAAUCAUAAUGACUCUUUCUAUUGCUCAAGGGUCUUUUUCUACUCCCCACCCCCCACACCAGGUGAUAUAACUUUCUGGUUCUGCGCAGACUGCGGUGGUUUCCAAGUAUCAGAUUUUCCUUAAAUGCCAAUAUUUGAAACCUUUUAGUUUUAUGUUGUGAUUGUACUAAAGAUAUGCUUAUUUAAAGGAACAUUUCAAGCACCAUAACAGCUCACUGUUGAGAUAUAUUGAUUUACUUCCCCGAUUCGGUGCUACACUCAUCCCAGUUUUAGCGAUAUUGAAAAUUGUAACAUUUUAUAUUUAUAGCAAAGCCAACCCACAGUGACAUAGACACUGAUGUAAAGAAGACAAAACUUGGACCCCUAAGAAAUAAAGCAGUAUGGUCUGAGUCAUCUUUCACAGAUUUACGUUUGGGGAAAGGAUGCACUUAAUCUGUUACCAGCUUAGGGAUCCGGGGAUUCCCCUGUCUUUGCCUCUUGCCACCUGUGAAACAUCUUGGAGAGUUCUUAAUGGCCUGGGAAGCCAUCUCUUAGAACUCUGUAGAUCAGAUGAUUGAACAUGCUGCGUAAUGUCUAAGGAUAUGUGUAGAUUUUACAGUGCCGGGUAUAGUCUGUGACGCAAACAGGGUGACUCUCUUCAUGCUUCUAUACACAUUGCUAAACAAAAUCAAAAGUGGCUUCACCAACACUAGGAUGAUGUCAAGCAAUUUCUAUGGCUCCCUCAAUUUCCACAUCUAAAAAUAAUUGAACAUUAGGUUAGAUCUUGAGUGCAGGGCAUUCAAAAAAUUUCUUGUUGAAAAGUGGUUUGGGAUAUUCUACUUAAAUCUGACUUUUCUCCUGUCUCCCCUUUAGUUGUUUAUGGGAUAAAUUUAUUGCUCCUCAUAAAACUGGAGGACAAGGCUAGCGAUCUAAGAUGAACCAAAAGCAUAUAUAGUUUCUAGUAAUAGCUAAGAACUUUGCGAUUUAAUUUGAGAUCCAAUUUAGAGUUACACUGGAUUAUUACUUCAUUCAUCGCAUGCUGUCUUUGGAUAGAAAAUACGGUUUGCUACGACAGGGAAUAGACAGGUUUUAAGUGUCCCUUUUUAUUUCAUAUGUUUGGUAUAAUAUGUUUCCAAUAUAUUAUGUUAAGUGUAUGCGCUGUGCCUGUUUGUGUUCAUAAUAUAUAUUUUUUUUAAGUUGUCUUUGUCUGGUGUAGGAAUCAUGUUACGAAGAGAUCUAUAUAAUAGUAUUUGUGAUUUUUAUAUACAUUAUUGGUAACUUUUGUGUUUUGGGAUUUUCCUCUUAUUUUGACCAAGGUGACAUGGGUGUAUUGCAGGAACUCCAUUGAAAAUGUAUGUAUUUAGUAUUUAUGAAAAGUCACAAAUACGACAUACAACAGACACAUAAAGCAGUUCAGGAAGCUGUAGUGCUUUAUGAGUAUGGAGUGUUCCUUUAGCUAUAACCUUGUGUGAACUUGUAGACUUUAACUAAUAAUACCGGUUGUACAAUGAUGAUGUAUUUGUGCAUUUAUCAGUAGGAUUUAAGGAGCAAUUUUUCUUCCCCAGCACAAAUGCUCCUUGUCAUGUACUUUUACUUUAUGCCCUGUCUUUCCUAACUGCAACAUUUUUAAGCAGUGUGAUUGUGAGAUAUAUAUUUAUUUUAUUUUUUAUUUUUUUUCUUCUGAUGCGGGAGCCAAGUUUAUUCCCUUCUGAGAACAAUGGAAGGUGUGUUUGCUUGCAUAUGACACUUGUCUAAACAUUCUGUGUCUGUCAAUACAGUAUGCAUAAUAAAUUAAUGACAUAAUGUGUCUUUUUCAGUAUAUUGGCAGCUUGGAUGUCCCACGACCCAACAGCCGAGUGGAAAUUGUUGCAGCCAUGCGACGGAUACGAGUAAGUGACUGUCUGAUCUCCAUAAACCUCAUAUUUUACCCAGGUGAACCAGACCCUGUGGGCAUGUUUACAAAAAUCUAAAUUGUCGUGGUAUAUUUACGAACUGUGAUACGUUUUUAAAAGAUACAUCACAAUCAUUCGCAAAGCUGUCCAGAAUAGAGCAUGUGUUUAUGAGAACUUUGAAUCAAGAAACUUUUAAUGCAUGGUUUACUCUACUCACUUCUGUCAAACCACUUAAUGUUUUUGUGCUCUAACAGCAUUGGUCUGUGUAUUUUGAGUGUAAGCUGUGUAUGAAAAUGUAUGAGGGCUAGCAAUGUCACUGAGCAUUGCAGGGAAUUCAAAGUGACUUGUAAAGUUUAUGUCAAAAUAACACGACUGCUGACUUGGAGUUUUUUUGUUGUUUUUUUUAUAGUGUGGCUAUUUUAGCCUUACUUUGAAAUACACUCUGAAUUCCUGACAAUUAUGUCUCUAGCAAAGAACCCUGUGUAUGUUGUGUUAAUGGAGGUUAGAAAGGAUUGUGUCGAUAAAUUGUGAAAGCGUAUAUAUGUUUGCACAAUUUUGCUUUAAAAAAAUAAGAAAAUAAUUUUAUAUCAGGCUGAAAUAUAAACAUUAAGAGUUUCUCUUUAAAUCAGUUGGAGAAAGGGGUUAAUUAUGGGUGUCUGGGAAAGUUUUUUUUUUUUUUGUCAAACUGGUGCCAAAAGGAUUUAAUCAUAGGUGCACGGGCAGGGCCCUCUAUGUGUUGUAUUGGUCUGUAUUGUAUUGUCUUUUUUCCCAACUGUACAGCGCUGUGGAAUAUGUUGGCGCUUUAUAAAUACCAGUAAUAAAUAGGUGUGUGGCUACCAUAGCCUGUUGGUAACCUCACUACACAGAAUUGUAGGAAUCAUAUUGCUUAGAGUGCAAUUUUGAAAUUGAACCUAAAAAAAGCAUUGAUGGUCUUAGAAACUGGUUGAGCUAAGAACACAAGUAUUAAUGGCGCUAAAAACAGACCAAGGAACAAAGCACUCACUAUAAUAAACACCUUAUUUUUGUUUGUAUUAUCGUGUAACUAACAUAUAUUAUUAUAAUUUUCAAGCGAAAGAGCAAAUGUAUAUUCUCACUAUAAUGCUAGGUUAUAUUCCUACAGAUUGUGGCUGCCUUUAGAUAGUGAAUAUUAAUCGUAGAAAGAUAAUGGAGCAGACACAAACCAGGAAUACACUUACUUUCAUCUUUUGAACUUGCCUAAUACAGAGUGCCGUUGAACUGACGCCAAAACUCAUGACAUGUAAUUUUCAAAUUAAAGGUCCAUUCUCCCAUUACCAUCCUACAUUGAUAUCUGCAAAUCCAAAUCCAGUCUUGGAAUAUCAUCUGUGACAAAAGGUUAAGUUUAAUAAGCUGCGCAAACUCUUGCAUGUCUAUCUCUUUUAUUUAUUAGGCUACUGCUUUGAAGGAGGGGAUCCUGUCGGUGACUGAUCUGUAUUACAUACUUGCAUUCAUUCAACACUUGGACAGAAGUUGCCAAGUUGUCUAAAAUUCACACCUAACAUUCUACAGUUUAUCUGGCCCUGUGGAAGCCAUACUGUUCAGUUCUUGCAUUGGGAUUCUCACCAUUUUACACCAUAUUAGCAGUCCUUAUCAAUAGUGAUGGAAUGUGAUGCUCCUAGGGGUAAGAAAUGGGAAACCAAAGUCUGACUUGGUACACCAUGGUAUAGGGCACCGCAGCCUCCAAAUAAAUCAAAAUGUCAAACAGGACUUAUUAGCAACCAGAACACAAAAAAAAUGUACUAAGGCUUUUUUCCUAUCCUGUUCAACCUGCGGAUUUUCUAUUUUUAAUCAGUCCAGAUCAUAUCAAUUAUCCAUAGUGCAAACUAGCAUAGAGCAUAAUAUGCAAUUUGGUAUAUAAUGUUUCCCAGACAAUAAACACACCAGAUUUUCUUUUAUUAUGCUCAGCACAGCAUGCAAAAUUAAGUUCUUUUCUAUUCAUUAGACUAUCUCAUCACUAUUUUCAUAGUAUUUUUUAAGUCUCUAGUUUCAUCAUGUGACUGGCUGUUGUAUUCAUCAGCUGCCAUUUACAGAUUAGGUAUCAUGUGAUACAGAUAGCUGUGUCCACCUUCUACCGUUCACAGCAAAAGGACAUUAACCAAUAAUUUAAACAAAAGCUGACAUGUUCUCAGGGGUAGCUAACAUGUCAUCCAGUCUGAUUUCCCCUAAAUCUGAUUGCUAUAUUUAGUAAUUAUUUUUGUACAGCAUUUAUAAGUCCCUCAAUAGUAAAUAUAAAUGAUUGAAAAGAUCAGUAAUACAAGGUCAUUUUUAAAUAUCUUAUAUGUAUAUAAACAUCAUCACUGCCAUAAUAUUUUUAUUGUGCAUGAUACGAGUUUCUUGGUGGGAAAGCAUUCAGUUUUGAAAUCUGUUGUAUACUUUUCUACAUAUAGUCUAACCUUUGACUGAUGUCAUUUGGGUGAAGACAAACAGAUGCUAACCAACGGUUUGGCUGAGGGCACUGGGGAUUACUGUUUCUUUGACCUCUAAAUAUAGACUAUAGUCAGACAUCAGCUGGGUAAUCACAGAUUAAUCCUAACUUGCCAUAGACUGUUCAUUAUUAUAAGAGACUGUACAAGAGUGGGCAAAUAAGAUAUAUCCACUGUACAGGAAGCAAAAGGAUUACAAUUCAGGCUAAAAGUGCCAAAUAAAAGCUAAUCCUGUAUUUAAGGAAUAUAGUUUGUGUUGGGGGUGGGUGAGGGGUUGGAAAGGGGGUCUUACUGGUAACCAUCUUCAAACAGAUAAUACAUUAGAAUCCAGAGUGUCUGCUUUUGUCAGAACCCCAGGAAUAGGCUCUUGGGAAAUGCAGUUCACAGAUAUCAUGGGUACCAAGUUCAGAAAUCACGGUUAGAGUUGACUGUCCUUUCUUGCCUUGACUACUGUAAUCCGCUUCUCAGUGGUCUUACGUGCUCCCAAUUUGCAGUUACAGUCCUUAAUCAAUGCGGCGGCAAGGCUCAUCUUCCUCUCCGCCCGCACCGCCCACGCCUCACCCUUCUGUCAGUCCCUACAUUGGCUUCGUGUAAGAUACAGGGCUCAGUUUAAAAUUCUGUCUCUUGCUUUCAAAUCUUUACAUAAUGCUGCUCCAACCUAUCUAGCCUCCCUAAUACACAAGUAUGUCCCGUCUAGGCCCUUACGCUCUGCUGAAGACUUGUGUCUAUCUUCUGUCCAUACUCCCACCUCUAAAGCUCCCCUUCAAGACUUCUCGAGGGCUGCAUCGUUCCUGUGGAACUCCCUUCCCUCCUCUGUUAGAUGCUCACCCAGUCUCCACUCCUUCAAAAAAAUCAUUAAAAACCCACUUCUUCAUAAAAGCUUAUCAAUUAAACUGUUAAUAGCUCCCGACUGAUUCCUCUCUUGCAACUGUCAUUAGACUAAAUACUAUCCUUACAUUUUGUGUCACUUUACCCCACUCCCUCUAGCAUGUAAGCUCAUUGAGCAGGGCCCUCAAGCCCUCUGUUCCUGUGUGUCCAACUUGUCUGGUUACAAAUACGUUUGUUCGUCCACCCAUUGUAAAGCGCUGCAGAAUUUGUUGGCGCUAUAUAAAUAAUAACAUAAUAAUAAUUGUACUUUUCUAGCCCCUUUUGAACUGGUGUUGUUGACAAGUAGGCAAAGGGACAUAUUUAGAAGCCAAAGGGCUUGGGUAGCUCUGGAAGUUUGAUUAUUUAUAAAACAGUGACAGUUAUGAUAUGGUAGAAACAUUUAAAUAUAUCAACACAGUAAAGGAGGAGACUAUAUUUAAAAGAAGAAAAACUACCACAACAAGAGGACAUAGUCUUAAAUUAGAGGGACAAAGGUUUAAAAAUAAUAUCAGGAAGUAUUACUUUACUGAGAGGGUAGUGGAUGCAUGGAAUAGCCUUCCAGCUGAAGUGGUAGAGGUUAACACAGUAAAGGAGUUUAAGCAUGCGUGGGAUAGGCAUAAGGCUAUCCUAACUAUAAGAUAAGGCUAGAGACUAAUGAAAGUAUUUAGAAAAUUGGGCAUACUAGAUGGGCCGAAUGGUUGUUAUCUGCCGUCACAUUCUAUGUUUGUUAUAGUGGAUUGACAAUAAAAUUCCAAAAUGUAUUUUGCAGAUGCCAAGAUGAAAGAAAAGAAAAAAUAAUCCUUAUCGACUCAGUGGGAGAUUAUUUUCCAGUAUGGCUAUAUGUGCCUGAUUGUAGUCAUUUGCUAACUUGCUGAAUAUGAGAAUAGAGCUCAUAGUGUUAUCGUCUUUCAUAUGUCCAUGAGAGCAGCUCCCAGAGUUUGGAGGGUUAACCCCUUAAGGACUUCAGACUUGCUAGGCAUGUCAUAUGGGAAUUUUUAUAACUCUUGGUUCUAAAGGAGUUGAUCAGAAAUACAUUUCCAGAAUGGUUAAUUCUAAACACUGGGAUUUUUGCUAACCUCACAAAUUCACUGAGACAGAUGUGCCAGAUGUUGCAUUUAUUCCCGGAUUAAAGUAAUGUCGGUUUAAUACACAGUUUGUUUUUUUUCCCAACCACGUAGAGCAUCAGAAGAGAGCAUGAAAAUGAUCUCCUGCCAUUUGACCGUUUUCAAAAGCAGAAUCUUUGAGCUUCAAUAAUGUCGGGAAAUACGCCUUUCCUCUAGGUGUCAUGGGAUUAUGAAGCUUGUUGUACAAGUUUAUUGCUUCUUCAAAUCCUGUGUUCCCCUUUUGGCAAUGUGAGCAUAGAGCAGUACAAUGCAAUAAGCACUGCUUAUCCCUUAACCCUUCGGUCUAUCGAAGACGGAUGGCUAGUUACCCUAAUAAACAUAGCAUGGUGCUGGAUGUGAUCUCUGCUCGCUGGAACAUACAGAUAAAAACAUUGCAGAGACCUUUGUUACUGAAUCACAUUUUCCUGACACCACAGCUGCAGUUAGGCAAAUUGUAUUUAAAGAGACAAAAAGUGGGGGAGAAUGAGGACAAGGAGGGGAGGUUAUUAACAGAGGUGAGGGGUCAUGGAUCUUGGACCAGCCCUCAGUAUUGUUAAGGAAUCCUAAGAAUUCUUUAGUGUAGGAGUUCUGUGGAAUUCAUUUAGCAGGGUUGAUUAGGGGGGAGUGGGUCACUCUGAGAGGAGGCAGUGUAAGAAUUGUAUUAAUACUGGGUCCUACUCCUCCAGUUCAUUUAUUUGCUUGUAUGGAAAGGGUCAGACGACAGGGUCUGCUGAGGGCCACAUGCCAGGAGAGCGGAAAAUGAUGCUGAUAGAACCAAAUAACAAAUGUAGGCAAUGAAUAAAUGUCCUUGGCAGCUUAAAAAGGUCAUAUUUCUAGUACAUUUCUUACGUAGCAGGGGUGUGUGUGUUUGUUUGUUUUUUGUUUGUUGUGCUUUUUUUUCUGCUUGAGUGCAGGUGGAUCAAAUGUUCUUGUUUGUUAUACAUUUUAAUUUCUACUUGAAAUACAUCUCAUUUGGACUUAUCAAGGAUUCCCUUUAAUAUAAACUGCAUAUCUUAACAUCUAGUGGCUGGGCUAUUGUUUUAGAUAAGACACUAUGUACUUACUAGGGUUUGCUCAGAUAAAAGCUAUGUAUUUAGAAUAGCACAAUAGCAUUAGUAAUAAAAACCUGUAUUGCUAACUCUAUAGUACCCUAGUCACUAGUUAGAUUCUCCCCCCACUGAUUCUCCAAAUUGUCCUUCUUGUGUGGCCUUGACUCUGUGUGGUAGAAACCACCAGUGAGUCCCCAGCAAUGCAGCAUACUACUCUUUUUAUUCUCGCUCUAAAGAGCAGUAGCUGGACCCACAAAACCUCUGGGACCCUGGUGCAGAUACAGAGGCUGCACCGUCAGUAGUUCUGCCGCUGCCUCCUGACACUUGUGAGAUUUAGCAGAGUUGUAUUAGCACAGAAGUAGCAUCUAGAAGUCAAAGCAGGACACACAUAUAAAUCAAAGUACGGUUUGCUUAAACUGGAGUAGACUGAUUUAAUAAGAUAGAACCAUAGAAUGUGAGGGCAGAUAAGAACCAUAGAAUGUGAGGGCAGAUAAGAACCAUUCAGCCCACGUAGUCUGCCCAAUUUUUAUUUAUUUUUUUAAUACUUUCAUUAGUCCCUGGCCUUAUCUUAUAGUAGGAUAGUCUUAUAAAAACAUGUUCUAGUUAUUUGGUAGCAUAAUGUAAGUUUUUUUUUUUAUAACCUGUAAAGCGGCAUUUUCUUACACAUCUUGCUUCAAGCAAAACAAUUUAAUAGUGAAUAGAGAACCUUGAUUCUUUUAUUAGCUGAAUUGAAUCGAUUUUUGGCACAUCUUCACCUCUAAGCCAGCUACUCAGAUAGCUAAGCUGCAGACCACAAUACAUACCUCCCAACAUCAGAAGUCCCAGAAUUGGGUUGCUGGUGGGAGGGAGGUAAAGGGGCUGAACCAGCAAUGUGAUUAUGUCACUGGCUCUGCCCACAAGGAGUCGGACCAGCACAAAAAGAGGCAGACCCGCCUGGAAAGGGGGACUGUUUACCCACAUUUUUGGCAGGUCAGCCUGGUGUGAAUGCACAUGCUGGGGAGAAAAGUACUUGUUACAACAUCUUUUCUUUCAGGUAAAAUAAUGUGAAGAUGCUGUCAUGAGUGCUUUAUCCAUACAUAAUGUUUGCAGGCACUAUAACAACUUCAAUAAGAUGAAGUUGAUAAUGUGCCUAUAGUGUCCCUUUAGCUGUAUUUAAUGUACGUGGGCAUUCUACUCGAAUGCAGACAUUUCUUUACAUAUUUUUGCAAUGUUUAGUAAGCUACACUGCUAGCAAGGUAUUUGGCCAUUUUUAUUUAUCUGUUUUUGCCACAUAAAAUAAAUUGAUUAAAUAGCAUUUUUGCUUUUAUACAAACAUUUCAGAAUUUGUGUGAAAUGAUUUAAGAAUAAGGAAACCGUAUACUGUCUAAAGCUUUUAAUUUCCAAAAGGUUACUUUUACAUUUGUCUACAAUGUUAUUCAUACACACAACUGCUGCUUUAUGAUACUUUAAAUGCCAGCAAUGCAUUCCUUGCUUCAAAUAAAUGUUGUUCUAAUAUUUUUUUUUUCAAUCAAAAAGUGAUUGGUAGUAAAGGUUCUAAACAUUACACCCUGAACUAUAUAAAGAUCACUAUCCUUGCUCGUCCUACUUCCUGCGUAACACUAAUAUUAUUAAUCCAAACACUGCUAGGGCUACAGCAUAAGGUGCAUUAAUAGUUGAAAAAGCCCUUGGCAAUUAUUAUUUUUUAUUUUUUUUUCCAAUUCUAUUUGUUUACAUAAUAUAAUGGUUCCCAAACCAUUCCUCAUGUCCCACCAAAGUCCAGGAUUUAAGUGUAUCUCCAUUUUUUAGUUCAGAGGAGAUACUGACAAAAUUUGGACUGUUGCUGUAUCAUGACCACUGGUUUGGGAACCACCGAAAUAAUGCAUUAAAAAUCAGGAGUCCCUUUCCCCAAAUAAUUAACUUUUUCAAAAGUAUGUGAGGGGAAAAAAGCUAAAGCUGUAAAUAUAUAUAAUUUAUACAAUAUUAUAAACCAAAAUUGUGUUCAAUGUUAAGACUCCUUAUAGGACAAUCGGUGCAGGAAGACUGGGUCAGAACCAUAACCUUUUCAAGGAACGCAUAGUGUUUGAAGUGUCCUUUUUAGAAACUUGUACUAUUAGUAAAUCUUAAAACAAUUUUACUUUUUUAUUUUUAUUUUUUCUCACCAUUGCGGCACUGCAUGAUUUAAAAAAAAAAAGAUUUUCACUCCUAUCAACAAGCUGGUCAGUCCUCAUUUAUUUGUGUUUUUACUUUUGUAAAUGUGUAUAUAUGUGUGUCUGCUUAUUUUAGUACUCUGAGUUGGGAGAUAUAAUUGAUCUGAGAAUUGGAGGGAGAACUGUACUAAGCCGGGGUGAAAAUGACAGUUUUUUGAGGUUUACCGCUGGAGAGUUCCUGUAUACUGUGAUCUACUGGAGGGGGCUCUGGUACUGUGUACAGAGCUGGUAUUUUCCAUACAUAUGAAUUCAGUGGUUUCUAUGGCAACCAGCACUGUCUACCAUGCAGCCCAAAGCGCUUCACACGGUGUCCGAAUGAAAAGCUGUUAAUUUCCUCUUCCUUUCCAUUAACCCUUUAAAUACUUGCUGCCUGUGCUAGGUGAUCUCAAGGUUUUAAUUUCUUUUCUUUUUUUCUUCCUCUGAUACAUACACUGGCAUAGCAAUAACCUACAGAAUAAGAAUCCAUCUGCUUUAAAAGUCUCUGUGCAGAGGUAGAAUUAUAUAGGAAUGGACAAGUGGCGCUCACUCUGUGAGGAAUGAGUUGCUCCAGCAACAAGUGAGUCAUGAGCACAUUCAUACAUGGAGGAACCCACCUUUUACACCACCAUUACCCCAUAGAGUUACGUCAAGAGGCAGCCAUGACUAACAUUCACCAUGAAAGGUUAAUGAUUAGAUUUUAUAGACACUGUAAAUCACUGCUGUGCGAUUGGUUUUAUUUUAACGUAGUGUCUUGUGUUUGGUCAUAUCAUUUGUUUCAUUUUCCUUUCUGUGCAGUUCUUGAGUAGGCAUGCAAACAUUGAAACAACUGGAAUGAAUUCAAUACUUUAAAAAAAUUAGCCGUGUAAAUGUAACCAUAAUCUUUAUUAAGUGGGGGUAAAUUGUAGUGAUUUAAGAGUAUCAGGUGAUACUUUACAUUAGCUCUAUUACACAAACUGUAAAUUGACAGCCAGCAGAUCAUGGGGUAACAGAGUCUGACUUUUUAAAGGGACACUAUAGUCAUCAGAACAACUACAGCGUAUUGUAUUUGUUCUAGUGAGUGAGUAUAAUCAUUACAGUAAUUUGUUGGGGUUUUUUUUUUAGAGAAAAUGCAGUGUUUACAUUACAGCCUAGGGAUACCUCCUGUGGCCAUUCCUCAGAUGGCUACUAGAGGUGCUUCCUGGGGCAGUGCUGCAUGGAGACCCUGAACUUUCCUCAUAGAGAUGCAUUGGUUCAGUCCAUCUCUAUGCCCACUCCCUUGGCAGACCAUCACUUCUGAUGAUGUCAGAUAAAGAGUCAAAUCAGAGGUAGAUCAGCAGCAGACUGUAAUAAACAUAACAUUUUACUAUAUUUAGUGGAGCCAUGGGGGCUUGAUGGUGUUUUAACACUAUAGGGUCAGGAAUACAUGCUUGCAUUCCUGACCAUAUAAUGUUCCUUUAACACUAAGAUUCAAUAGUUGGUGGAGGAGCAGGAGGAUAAUAGUGCUUUUUAUUUUUAUUUUGUUUCUCGGGCAGCUGCUUUUCAAAGUAAAAGAAAAUAUAAAUAGUAUAGAGCUCUGCCAACUUUCUUAGUGUGUGAUGGUGAGGGAGAGUCGAGUUCCCUAGGCCUAGGUGAAUGUCAUAAGGGGUGCUGUACACCCGAAUUAGGUAAUUUAUUUAAUACCUGGUUGUGUUGCAUGUGUUUGUUUCUGUAUGAGCAACAUACUGAUCAUGGGUAAGGAGGAGGAGAAAUUACAAAGAUAGGUAGGGAUAUGUUAAUACUUAUAUCCCCACCUCUUUUUAGAGUAAGAGUCAUUAACAUAUAAAUUAGGCUCAGGUCCCUGUUGUUUCUUGAAUCUUGCAAUGCCUCUAGCUAUAAAUGGAAACAAAACCCUGAACAACUGGUACAUAACAGUUCAUAUUAUAUGGUAUAUCACUAAAAGUGCAAACACCCAAAAUAGUUAUUGAACAUAAUCAAGGAUUAGAACAUUUGGAAGCAUUAAGUUCCAAAAAUGUCAAAGUGUUGCAUUGUCAGAUCUCACAGAGUGGGCAAAUAGAGGGCAAAUCUGAGGUUUAUUUAGACAAAAAAAAAAUACUUCUGGACUCUAGAAUGGCAGUCAGGUCUCUCCUUGGACCAAGAGCUGUUACCCACAUAUUAAAAAAUUAUAUCCCUGAAUAUUAUGUUUUUGCAAGUAUUCAUCCAGUUGCUGUUUAAAAAUCUAUACAAACUCUGAUGAAACCAUAUUUUCAGGCAGAGAAUUCCACAUUCUAAUUAUUCUUACUUUAAACAACCCUUCCUUUUGCCUUAGACUAAAUCUCUUUUCUUCCAGACUAACUGUGUGACCUUGCAUUCUAUGUAUAUAUUGUGUAUCAAUAUUGUUUUUAUAUUUUAUUGUACCCUAAUGUAUCAAUGCAAUGUUUUGUGGAACCAGGACAUACUUGAAAACGAGAGAAAUCUCAAUGUAUCUUUCCUGGUAAAAUAUUUUAUGAAUAAUGUAUAGUCCUGUCAAGGAUUAGAUUUUCAGACAGUAGUUUGUAAUGACAAACAAUGAAGCAGUAAACUUAAGAGAAUCGUUGGGUAAAACCACCUUAUUGGUGUUAUCCUCGUGACUUUCCAAUAGUCGGUUUACGUGUAAAAUUAAAAAUGUAAACUGCGGUGUUUGAAGGCUGCAUCACCACAUGUAAUGCUGGCGGUAAAGAUGUGCAUGACUUCCACAUUGUUUGUUCUUUAGGUCUGCCUUGCUGAGAACUUUUUUCGUUUGUCUAACACUAUAUGCAGUGUGUUAAAUUGUUAAGCUUUAUGUUGUAUAAGAAUGUUCAGUACACUUCCUAGUUUGUGUUACCUCUAUUUUCAGUUGUAUUGUUCUUUAUUCUAUUCUGUGUGUGUGUGUUUUUUUUUUUUUUAUUAAGUGAUGGUCUUGAUCAUUACUUGUCCAUCUCUUUCUUUUUAAUACAGUGGCUGUAAUCUGUUGGUGUUUUAAGGGCAGGUGCAUUUUAGUAGGUCUCCUUGGAAAAUGAAAGUGCAAAAAAUUAGGUUUUUCUUUUUCUUUAGUUCAUUAUUAGCAGUCGUUAGUUUGGAUGAGAGUUGGAAAGUAACAGGUUUGUCUAUGAGCAUCCAUCAAUGAAACGGGCUACACAGCAGAGCUGGGCCGCAUGCUGAGUUCAAGUUGUUAUUCAGUUACAGUUCCCUUGAUACCAAAACAUGAAUCAUGGAAGUUGCAAAUAGCUGUGCCUGGGAAAAUGUGUGGCUUUGCUUAGAGGCAGAGGAGCUGGUAACUGAGCCGGCUGGGCAUUGCUCUAUUCUUUGGGUGAUGGGCAAUACUGUGUUCCUCUGCCUACUCAAUAUUCCAUUUUGGCUCAAAUUGCUGAUACCCUUCUAUCCUAUAGUCAGGGCUGGCCCAAGACAUUGUGCUGCCUGGGACCAAAUGAAAUGCUGCCAACUUACUAAAACCACACCCACCAAACCAUGCCCACAUCCAUUAUGUUAGGCUCUUUUGUGUGCCCUUCUCUCUUCCCCCAUUGUGCCCCUACUUACCUCCCUUCAUGUAGUGUGGCCGAGUGGACCGCGGUAGAGGAGUUUCUGUUGCCUCUACAAGACUGACAGGAAGCAGUUACAUUUUCUCACUGAGCAUGUCCUGUCAGACCAGGUAGAGGAAUUAGAUCCUCUAUUGCGACGCUGUUCGCUUGACCACACUACAUGGAGUGACCAGCAGGAGGCUGAGCACUGGGCUCUCUCCUCCUGAUGGUCACCCGGAGCCCAGAUAUUGUGUCACCUUAUGGUAGUGCCAGCCAUGACUGUCCCCAAUAACCCUGCUAUUACCUGAGGCUUGGGCUGCUCUGGGACCAUUCGGUGGGUACCAGCUGCUGUCAGGCCUGGUUGUGAGAGCAGUCUUGGGGCAGUGCAAGCAUUACCACGAUAACAGGCCUGCUGCUGUCUGAAAUGCAACGGCCCCAGAUUUUAGUAAAUAAUAAAAAAAAAUAUAUAUAUAUAUAUAUAUAUAUAUAUAUAUAUAUAUAUAUAUAUAUAUAUAUUGGACUAACAGAAUUUUUUAAUGACAAGCUUUCAGGAGAAACUCCCUUUCUCAAAACUAAAGCAUUUCUGAGUAACACAACACAUAGAAUUUAAAGUUGAGUUGUGAUACAGGGGUUAAAGCGACAUGUGCAGAUAAAACACAGGUUACAUAGAAAAUAGACACUGUUCUCACAGAGGGUCGUAAAUAUCUUGUGUGAAUAUCACAGAGUGAGGGGGGUGGAGGGAGAAAAAAACCAAGCAAACUGUGCAGAAGAUGUUACUUGAAGGGGAGAGUAAAAACAAAAUAAAUACUUACGUUAAGAAUGCAUAAAUUCUGAUCCAAGAGCUACAGGAUAUACAUGAAGGCCUAUAUCCAGCAUACGCAGAUAGACACACACACGUACACACGCACGUAUAUGUACAAGUAUACACAAGCACAUAAACAAUAUACAUAAGUACAUACAAAAAUAUACAUAUAAAUACAACCGAUUGCAAAAAUAUAUGUAUAUGCACACCUAUACAUACAUCCACACAUAAGCACCAAUACAUGUACCUACAAAUGUACAAACCGGAAUAUAGGUCGCGCCAAAACUGUAAUAAAACAGUAAAAACAAUGCGUACUUACCUAAAAUGAAUAAAAAAGGAAUAAUGUCCUGAUAAAAAGUGUAAAAGAUAAUAGUCCAAGUUUGAUUGAAGAGAUUAGUAGAAUCAAUAGACCUUGUAAGAUCCAAGGAAGUUAGGUAUCCAGAUGAUAUGGAGGCAUGCAGAUAGAAGAGAGAAAUUCCAAUAGUGUGAAACUGUAAUGGGAAGAUGACAAUGGUGGUAAUAUCAGUCCUUCUUACUCACCUAUUUCAGAGCUUUGGCCAGCUCAGGAGUGUGUAGCAUUCAGUGGCGUUGAUCCCCCACUGGUAGGAUAUAGGUGUUGGUAGGUACAGGUCCUUGGUAUGGAGAGAGAAAUAAAAACAAAUAGUGCUGUCUGUAUAUAGAGACACAUACACUGCGUAAUAGACACACACACUGCCUAAUACAUACAUACAUACACACACUGCCUAAUAGACACAGACACUGCCUAAAACAUACAUACUCUGCCUAACACACACACACACACACACACACACACACACACACACACACACACACACACACACACACACACACACACAGCACUCCCUUACAUACACCAGUGGGAGUUGGAAGAACUCCAAGUAGCCCAUUAGAAGUACCUCUCCCAGGCUGGGGUGGCAGUUCCUGGAUGCUGAGCCCUCUCGGUACCCUGCUGUUAAGUAGCCGGCUGUCCAUAUCUUGCCUGAAGCUGGCUGUUCACGUCUUGCUGCGCGGGCGGUAGAUGAGCAAUGUAGUUACUGCUUUCACCUGGCAGCACUUUCCCACUGAUGUGUGUUCACGUGGGGGUGCUCCAGACAUCCAGCAAACUUACUGAGAGCACCCCCAGAUCUUAGUGGUUGCAGGCAAUUGCAAAUUAAGCAUGGGGAAAUGUGUGGAGGGGAGGUAGGGAAUAAGUUAGGGGGCACCUGCCUCCCUUUAGUGGCCUCCAUGGGAGGAGUGUGAUAAGCGGCAUAGGAACAUGCUGUGACAGGAGCGGCAAAAUGACGCCCCUGUUAAAGUGCUGCCUGGAGCCGUGGCCCCACCGGGACCUAUGGACGGGCCGGCCCUGCCUAUAGUAGAUCUCUUCUCUAUAAUUUAUACGGUAACUCCCCCUGACCUUCUUUUAACCCCUUCAAAGCCAACAUCUCAGGAUUGACAGACUAAUGACAUAUGCUUAACUCUUGAAGAGUUUAAUACAUCUUAAACAUAAUAUGCUCAUUGUACCUUUUUGCACCUCACUGUAGAAGAGAACAUGUAGAUUAUUUAUAAAUACUAUUGCAUCCAACAAGAGAUCAGUGUAGAUUGCUUAUAAUUACUAACUAAUCCACUAAUAUUAUUUCUAUUAUCACCAACAUUUUCCAUAGCAUUGUGCAUGGCUAUCACAUUAUAUAUGCAAUUAUGAUUGCUUACAGAUCAUUGUUCUUAUUCACACCAGUCUCAACUUUAAAGGAAUUAAGAGAAAUCCAUUUAAUCCCUGUGUCCAAGCCAUCAUCAAAAUACUAAAAGAAUAAAUAUAUAAAGAAUACCCAGUAGUCCUAAACUCUAGAAAUACACAACAGUACCUGCCUGGUGCUUGGGCCUUUAUCAACAAAAGUAAUUUAAAACUUAGCUUUGAUAUGCUCAAAUAAGAUCGUCAAUGUUUCAGUAUUAACAGCAAAACAUUCAUUAUAGCAGUAAUGUCGAUAUGGUGUGUGUAUGUGUAUAUAACAUUUUAUUUUAUUUUUUUAUCUUCAUUUUUUUUUUUUCAGCUGACAUGUUAAAGUAAGUUUGAUAGCGUCUCCUGACACACACAGAUCUUAUCACAGCAGACUUGCUCUGAGGUUUCACCUGCUCAGGGAAAUGGUGUUAUUGUUGUCAAUUACUAUGUAAAUGUGCUUGUUUUCGUAUACAGAUUUUAAAGUAUGCAUGGGAUGAUAGUACACUGAGAUAAAUGUUUCUGGUUGUUAGAAAACAUUCUCUGUAGAUUUUAUAUACGCUAGCUGUCAAGGUAAAAGAUGUAUGCUAGAACCUUGGGUAAUACAAGCAUCUGUGGCAAUCAUCGUAAAAUUACUGCCUUAUGCUAUAUAAGUAUACUAUACAAAUAAAAAAUGGUAUCUUGAUCAUUUCUGCCCAAAAUAAUGUAUUAUUUAUUUUUGGGGGCAGCAUAAUGUUGGCUAUAUGGCAGUUCAGCUUGGUUGAAUUUUGUUAAUGAGGAAAGAUGUAAGAAAAUGAGACAAAACUAAAUAUCUGCAUAAUAUAAAUAUUGUAUUGGAAGAGGGGAUCAGCGUCUUGGCGUGUCCUCAAAUACAGGUCAGCAUUAGCCAAUAUGUACGGAGAAAGAGAAUAAAGCGCAAAAUAUAAUAUAGGAAGUUGGUAACGUUAUAAAAAGAAGCUAAAGGAAUUUAAUAUGUACUUGAUGUCUUGGUCCAAUGGAGGGUGUUCCAGAGGUAUGUAAACAGAAGAUGACACCAACUUACUAAACUAUAUUUUGCAUUUUGCCCUCUUCUCGUUACAUAUUGGCCCACAUUGACCUGGAUUUGAGGACACCCCAAGAAGCUGCACCCCUUUUCCUAGACAAUAACUACUUAUGAUCAGAAAUUAGAGAUUCUGGUUUGGGUUCCACUCAUAUUGCUUAGAGCCUACAUGCCUGGCUCUAGGUUAUGCUCCUUGGAGCCUCUUUUUGGGAGGACUCCUUCCCUCUUGUCACUGGUAGUCUUAUACCUCCAAGAACAAAAAGAUAUACAGCGAGAUCUAGUGCAAUAUGUAUAAACAGUGUGGUAGUAUAGAUACUUAAAAAUGAACCACUCGCGUGUUCCAGAGCCUUCCAAUAGGCUCUAUUUGGCAUAUAGACUCUAAGCAAUGUGAGUGGAAGUCUAAAGGGAUCCAGCGGGAAUUGUUUUUUUUUUUUUUUUGUUUUUUUAAAGUAAACAGUUUUCACUAUUACUGUUUUUUUAAUAUAUUUUCCUCUGAAAUAUAUUUCAUCCAGAGAAGUAAAAUCGCUAAGUAUUUUUCUACUCUAUAAAUUGUAAUAUUUUUACUGUUAACACGGUUAUGAGAUUGUAUUGCACAUUAAUUGCUCAGUGACAUUUCUCAAAUCACUUGUUGGGUUUUUAAACGUACGUUUUUUUUAUGUGUUUACAGUGUUUUUGAGGUUGACAUUUGAUAGUGGUUGGCAGCUCAGAGAUUUAAGAUACACGGAUAUAAAUUAUUUUUAAGCGCCUUUUAUAUAUCUUAACAUCAAAGUAGUAAGAUAAUGUUGUCUAUAAGCAACAUUAGUUUGGCGAUGGCACAGCCAUGCAAGAAUCAUAGUCCACAAGUGCUUCUCUAUGUGGAGCAAUGGUUUGGUCUGUGAUCAUCAUUAUCAAGGUGAGUGUUAUUUCUUUUUUUAAUUUACAAAGUGGAAAACCUAAACCUAAUCGUUAAAAUGAACACUCUGAUUUUGUGAAUAAGUAUACUUAAUGCUUUGUAACUUAAAGGACCACUAUAGUGCCCUGAGGGUGCCCCCACCCUCAGGGUCCCUCUCCCGCCCGGCUCUGGGGAGAGGAAAGGGGUUAAAACUUACCUUUUUCCAGCGCUGGGCGGGGAGCUCUCCUCCUCCGAUCCUCCCCGUCGGCUGAAUGCGCACGCGCGGCAAGAGCUGCGUGCGCAUUCAGCCAGUCGCAUAGGAAAGCAUUCAUAAUGCUUUCCUAUGGACGCUUGCGUGCUCUCACUGUGAUUUUCACAGUGAGAAGCACGCAAGCGCCUCUAGCGGCUGUCAAUGAGACAGCCGCUAGAGGCUUUGGGGGAAGGCUUAACCCAUUGAUAAACAUAGCAGUUUCUCUGAAACUGCUGUUUAUAAAACAAUGGGUUAACCCUAGAAGGACCUGGCACCCAGACCACUUCAUUAAGCUGAAGUGGUCUAGGUGGCUAGAGUGGUCCUUUAAUGCCAGGAUGGGGGUUAGUAGGUAAGAGGGGUUUUUCACCUAAUAGAUUUAGUAUUAAUCUAGAGGUGCAUGAGGACAGCCUACAGACAUUGUGUCAUUUAUUUUUGCUGUAAAAUAGUCUUUGCCAAUAUACAUAUUAGAAAGAAAUGUUUAUCAGCAGAGGCUGCUUAAACCAAUCCCAUUCUUUAAUAUCUGUGCUUAAGGAUAUCCUUUCUAUGAGAUCAUAUGAAUAGACCGGUAUGUGUGAAUCAUCGUUUUAUAGUGUUUUCAUCUGAAUUAGUGCUACACAAGUCCAAGAAUGCAUUAUAUAUCUAUAAAAAUGCUUCUACAUUCUCCUGUGAUUCAAUGACAAAUUAGUAUUCUAAUGAACUUGGUUAAGUCAACACUCCGUUCUAUUGUAGUGGUGAAACAAGACCUGAUAUGCUGGAUGUAAGUACCGAGGUGUGCAAACUGUCAAAUAUGCAAGUUCUCCCUUAAUCACUUUACUUCCCCUUGCAGUUACUUGGCAACCUGUAGCAAGUAUAAAGGGAGAGAAAUGUGCUUCUGACUCAUACAACAAAACAACCGUGUGCCUGAUUGACACAGACGCAAAAUAGCAUAGGUCUUAAAGGAGAACGAACUACAGUUUUCUUUUUUCCCCUCUCUAAUAAAAUGUGUUUAUUUCAACCAUUAUUUACAUAGAAAGGUUUAACCCCUUAAGGACUGAGCCAAAUGUACACGUUGUGAUCAAAACAAAACGUAAACAAAACCUUGAAUUUGCGCUAUAUGUCUGUUCAGGUGUAAUUAGCCUCUUUCAUAUUAUGUGCGCCCACAUUUAUUAUAUAUCAUUUUAUUUAGGGGAAACAGGGUUUUCAUUUAACACCAAAUAUUUAGCUAUGAAACAUAAUUUAAUAUGAAUAAAAUAUAAAAAAAAAGGGAGAAAAUAAGAAUUAAAAAAAGUUUUAGUUCUAUGUGACAUUCUAACUGUGAAUGUCAUAAUACUGUUUGCUUUUACUGCAAUAAAAUACACAUAUUUAUAUUUGUAAAACAGUACCCACUAUCAGUGGCGUAAUGUACAGCGCUACAGAAUGUGAUCGUGCUAUAUAAAUAAUAAGGGGCCCCAGUAUGUACGCCAGUGUGCCAGCCUCUUCUCCUGGGGGCCCAGGUGCUGGCCACCUCAGGGCCCCCAAGGCUGGCCCUGGUGUCACCGGGCAGGAUGGCCGGCGCGCGAGGGAGCGCGCUCUCUGCCCAGCUCUCUCGCGCGCCACGUACUGAUGCCGGAGCUGUAAUAUGACGUCAUGGUCAGGUGGGCCGGAAAGGAAGGAGGGGGGACUCCCUGGACUGCCAGGUGAGUCCCCACACCGCGAUCGCCAGCGACUGGGUAAGUACAUAGGACGGCUUGGGCAUUCUAUGCUGCCCGCCGGCGGUUAGAGCCGUGUCCCCAAGGACGGCAUAGAACGCCCACCAUCCUUAAGGGGUUAAACACAAAUGUGUUUUGAACAGAAAGAAAAGUUUAUUGAGCAUUUUCCUUUAAACAGCGUUUAAAAUCUUCACUCUCCUUUAGCUUUUGGUGGGUGAAAAUAUAGCUGUGGUGAAUAGAAACUCACUCUUGUUGAGUUUGAAGUGGACCCUUCUGGCUUACAGUGGCAAAUAACUGUCCAGUAGAGCAGGACAUGAAAUUCUAACCUCUGCUUUAAAUAUGUAGAAUGUGACUGCAGAUAAGAGCCAUUCGGCCCAUCUAGCCUGCCAAGUUUUCUAAAUACUUUCAUUAGUCUCUUCUAUUUAGGAAAGCCUUAUGCCUAUCCAGUGGUGUAUCCUGGUUUUGUGCUGCCCUUUUGGCUGCGGGCGGCGCUGGGCUGGGCGGGCGGCUGGCGAGGGAGCUCUUCCUCUGAGCUGUCCGCUCAGCUCCCUCGCGCGCCGCAGAGUGAGGCUGGGAGCCGGAAGAUGACGUCAUAUUCCGGCUCCCAGACUCACUCUGCGGCAUGCGAGGGAGCUGAGCAGAGCGCUCAGAGGAAGAGCUCCCUCGCCAGCCGCCCGCCAGCGCCCCCCGACCGCCCAGCAUAUCUGUUAGCCGCGAGGCUAACAAGGCAUUUGCCCUGGGCAUUUGGGGGCGGCGUUUUUUGGCGCCCCUGAAAAAUGCCGCCCAAAGCAAAUGCCUUGUUUGCCUCGCGGCUAAAACGCCCCUGUGCCUAUCCCACACAUGCUUAACCUCCCUCACUGCGUUAACCUCUAUCACUUAAACGUAAGGGCUAUUCCAAGGAAUACUUCCUGAUAUUUUUAAACCUUUGCUUCUCUAAUUUAAGACUAUGUCCUCUUGUUGUGGUAGUUUUUCUUCUUUUAAUCAUAGUCCCCCCUCCCGUGUGUCAGCUUGCCCCCGCUCUCACUGGACCACCAGGGAUCAACAUGUUCACUCCCCUCUGCAAGGUAGUAAGGGUGAGGGGGAGUAAAUGUGAUAUACUUAUAAAUUAAUUUAUAUUUUAUUGUUAAAUUAAUUAAAGAAACCACUAUACUAUAACCUACACCCACUUGUAUAGACACAGUACAUCCACGUAUAUACUCACACUACACUCUAUACCCCCAUAUAUACACAAAGUACACAAACUCUAUACCCCCUAAACAUACACUACACUUUUGCACUCACACACUUUUUACCCCCUAUAAAGACACGCGAUACCCAUGGUACACACACCACACCCCCAGGCACACACUAUACACACAGUACUCUAUUUUCACUAUAAAUACACAUUCUAUUCCCUUAUGCACACACUACACCCCUAUACACACACUACACCCCUAUACACACAUUCAUCGUCGCAACUAUACAUACAUGUGCACUACAACCCCUAUACGUAUACACACACUAAAGCUCCAAGAUACACACAAUCCCCUGCAUCCCCUAGCUACACACAAUAUAGUCCUCACAUGUGCAUACACAACACCCCCUAGUUCUACACACUCUACAGGCCCUAUAAACACGCACACACACUACCCUAGCCACACAUAGCAUGCCACAAACAGACCCCAUUACACACAAACUACAACACAAAUAGUCUCCUAUACACACAUGCAAUAGCACAAGCAAUCUCCAAACACAUACAACACACUUUAACAGUCCUGUUCCACAGUUAUUCUUUGGUAUCCCACACCAGAGACAAAUCACUAGCAAACGCAGCACAUGUUUACAUUGAACAAAAAGGGGCAUAACAUUAACAUACACUCCUCCUUUCUGGCUCCGCCCCUCAUGGUGGGCUGCUCUGCCUUUAAUUGCCUAGGCUGAAUUCCUGUCCCAGUCUGGCCCUGCUUAAAUUCCCUUUGUAUUUCUUCUUCAUCCUUUUAGAUUUUAAGCUCAUUUUGGCAGGGCCCCCUUCAUCUAUUGCUCCAGAAUGUCAUACAUGUUUCUUAGAAUUUGGUGUUUGUCUGGUUUACCUAUUGUACAGAGCUACAGAAUAUGUUGGCAUUUUAUGAAGAACUGUAAUUGCAAUAAACCCAACUGUAAAAAUGUGUAUAGUGUGGCACAUUCGACUUUAUAAGGUUAUGUUGGUGUACACAAGAACAUUUGUGACUAGUAAAAUUCCCUCUAACUUUUUUUUUUUUUUAACACUAUUAUUCUAGUAAAUAGACCAUACUGCCAUGUGGAUCGCAAGUUUUGUUCUAUAUUAUCGAUUUUAAAUCUAUACAGUGUGCUGGCAAUAUUAGCAGCAAAUGUACAAAACACGUUAAAAUUACAUCUUCCCAGUGCAUGUUAAAGGUUGGGGAAUGUUGAUCUGCAUAUCCUGCCAAUUCUGACUCGUGUGUGUGUCUAUAUCUAUAUCUCAAGAAAGUUAUGGUGGAGAAAAAUGUGAUUGAAAACCCCUUUCACCUGAAAUCAAUACAUUGUUAAACGCAGAUCUACACGCCAGUCAAGCCACAAAUCUUUCUUUUUUUAACAAAAAUCCAUGUUUAAAAUAGAAAUAAGGCAAAAAGGUGUUUCUUUGUUGAACUAAUUUGCAAAUGUCCACCCAGAUUCCUUGCAUUAGUAACAUCACUGCAAAUUUGAGAUUUCUGUGGGAAAAGCAAGUCUUAUGGCUUGACUGGUGUGUGCAGAUCUGUGUUUAACAAUGUAUUGUGUGUGUGUGUGUAUAUAUUCUUUGUUGUUGUUUUUUUCAACUAUGCAUUUGAUAGCAAUGUGGCAGGCACAAUCUAUGAAUGUACUGUAAUGGCAAAAUAACAUGCUGUGCUUGGAAUAACAGCUGCACUUUUGGGCAAAACAAAUUUCUGUACAUCUAAUUAUACAUUGAUUUUCUGUUAUUUGCUGUGUCUCUGUGUGUGUGUGUGUGUGUGUGUGUGUAUAUAUAUAUAUAUAUAUAUAUAUAUAUAUAUAUAUAUAUAUAUAUAUAUAUAUAUAUAUAUAUAUAUAUAUAUAUAUAUAUAUAUAUAUAAUAUAUUCUAUGGUACCCAUGCAUCCAUCCUCUACAACCCUUUUUGGCAAAAUAGCUUCACUGAUCAGUGCUCUUUCCUAAAAAUGUAAGAUAUAGACUAAGAAAGCAUUAGGAAGCAAAUACAAUUAUAAACAAUCGCUUUAUUUCUAGUCAUAGUUAUGAAAACAAGUUUGUGCCUUAGUUGGUACUAAAGUGACUAACACCGUUUUGUAAAUCACUUAAGUUAUAUUGAAGGUAAAUAAAGUGUAGACCGUUUUAAGUGCCUGAUCUAGUUUAGUAAGAAGGUGUGGUUAUUACAUGGAUACAAUUUCCUUGUAAUUGUGGGAGUUUAUUUACCAUCAAUGUGUCCUACGGGUCUGUGCCAAAUGUUGUAAUACUUAUUUCCAUAGUUUACAGUGCAACGUCGUAAGAAUAUAAAUAACUGUAGAUUUAUCAGGUAUGUCUUACACAGAGCAUAUGUCUCAGACAUUUCAAUAAUGCUUACAAAGAAAUUAGUGUCACAUUAAAUAAUCUGGACAGGACAUGCAGGGUUCAAUUAACCCUUCUAUGAUAUUAUGCAAGUUGAAAACUCACUGGUAUUAGCCUGAAUUUCAGUUCCGUUAAGUAUCUUUUUAGCUAGCCUUGUGUAUGAAAUUAUAUUGUAUAAUAUUUGUGUUGUCUUGUGGUAUCUUGUCGUUUUUUUUGUGUUUUUUUAAUUUAUUUAUUUUAUAUUUUAUAAAAGCGGAAAGGAGGAAGAGAAAAGGAUAGGAAAUAAUCAGGAUGAAUAUACAUCAAAGCACAUCAUACAUGAAUAUGCAUAUUGUUAUUGCUUAUUGAGAUUUAUUUGGUUUCAGUUCUGCAUGGCCCUAUGGUGUUUUUAUUUUUAUUUUUUAAUAUUUAAUUUUGGCACAUUUAAUUUACUUUUUCUUUUUUUUUGGUCUUAUCUCCUGGAAUCCAGAACAAUUGACAAAUGAACCAGUGGCAAGUGACCCUUUUGUGUGUUUCUGUUCCCGUGUUUAGAUUUAGCAAUAUAAGCACUGUAUGUAACAUGUACCAUAUGUUUGUAUACUCUUUGUGUGUAAGUGAUCCAAUGGCUGUACAGGUGCAGUGGAUGCCUGGCUACAUCUGUGAGCGAAUGUUUGAAUGAUGGGAGCAGAAUGCAGAGCACAUAGUAAAUUAGACUUAAUUAUAUGCACCUGAUUCCUUUUUCUUCCUUGAGCUCUCGUGGAACAUUAACCCUUUGGAUAAUUACCAGGUCAGUGCUGAGUUUGUUAAUCAUGGCAUGCUGCAGUCUGCUCUCUGAAGGGAGAUAACUCCUUUUCUUUACUAUAAAUUACAGUUUAGUACUUUUAACUCAGAAUGCCUGCUAAUGCAUCAGUACAUGCUUUUAAAUCAAGACUGUUUGACUUGAAGGAGUCUUUAAGCAUGCUAUGGUUAGGAUCAAGUAAUAUUGGCUGAGGCGUGUCUGUGGAUCUUAUGGCAUGGUUUGAUUAUGCUUGGCAGUGUUUACUGAACAUGGUUUGGCAAUACCUGGGAGAAAGGCACAUUCAAUUCACAUAUUUGUUCAAAUUCCGGUAUAUUUCAGUUAACUUUGUGCCGAAAGUUGGGCAUAGCUUGGGGAAUUCUGUACAUAUUCUUGACUUGGAAAGAUAUUCUAUGGAAAAAGAAUGUACUUUGACACUCUGUGAAAUGUUUUAGAAUAUAUAUGGAUUACUGUUCUUCUGAAUGAAGCUCGCUCACUCAUUCUCUGUUCAAGACAGAAUGUAUAGAUUAUUACGUUUUCUGAUGUUUGGAUUUUGGUUCCUGCUCUGAGCUGCUCCUACAUGUGUGUACUAUAAAUCCAGAGAUUCUACAUGUGGCAGUGUAAACUCACAGUGGCAUCUAUAGUUGCUAUUUAUAUAACAUAAGACUUAAUAAAACAUGAACAUAUUAUCUAUUUGUCAUACUGGGUACAUGAAAUGUUUUCUGAGGUACCUCUAUGCCAUAGCACUCUCCCUCUAAUCUAUGAAUUAUGUCUUCUUUAUAAAACUUCCAUUGUCCUUUGUUAGAACUGUCUCUUUACCUCUCCAAAUUGAUCUCUCCUUUAACAUAUAGUAGCACUAGCCUGCUUUCAUUUUUAAAAUGUUGUUUUACUUUUAAGACCUCUUUAAAGGUUCACUAUAGGGUCAGGAACACAAACAUAUAUUCCUGACCCUAUAGUGUUAAAACCACCAGCUAGCCCCCUCUGGGCCUCUCAAGCCUCUAUAAAUUAGCAAAAUCUUACUGUAAUCAAGCCAGAAGCUGUAACUCUGCAUGCUGUUUGCCUAAAAAAAACAAGCAGUCUGCUGACAUCAUCAGAAGUGGUAGCCUGAUCCAAUUACAGUGCUUCCCCACAGGAUGGGCUGAGAAUGACAGAGACAGAUCAUGGGCAGAGCCAGCAUGAUUCAAACACAGCCCUGGCCAAUCAGCAUCUCCUCAUAGAGAUGAGAUGAAUUGAAUCAAUGAGGAAAGUUCAGUGUCUGCAUGCAGAGGGAGGAGACACUGAAUGUUUGGAUGCAUUUUAGGCAGCCAUGACCCAGGAAGGAUCUCUAACAGCGAUCUGAGGUGUGGCCAGUGAAGUGAUCACUAGGCUGUAAUGUAAACAGCGCAUUUUCUCUGAAAAGACAGUGUUUACAGCAAAAAGCCUGAAGGUAAUUAUUUUUCUCACCAGAACAAAUGCAAUAAGCUGUAGUUGUUCUGGUGAUUAUAGUGUCUCUUUAAUGUUACUGAUAUUUUUCGAACCCCCUUCUCUCCCAGUGCCUCUCACUAUGCUUUGAAUUGUUCUUUUUGACUUUUUUUUUGUCUACUUUAAGUUGUUUUGAAUCUCUCACACCCUGUUUCUUCUCCCUCCCAGUAUGAAUUCAAAGCCAAGAACAUAAAGAAGAAAAAGGUGAAUAUCAUGGUAUCCGUGGAUGGAGUAAAAGUCAUCCUGAAGAAGAAGAAAAAGGUGAAAAAAAUCUCAUGUUAUGUGCCCACUAAAUAGAUUUUUUUUUUUUUCCUUUUCUUCAGAAAACCAUGUAUAUAUUUCUAUUAAUUGAUAUAAAUGCUAAUAAUUGUGCGUUAAAUCUACAAGAAAUCAGACUGAGAAUUUGAGUUUUCUGGUCCAUAACUAUUUUCCUCUCCUUUAUUGAUGACAGGAUUGUACAUGACUUCUGUAGGAGUUUCGAUCAACUGUAUCAUAAAGGGUUGAACAAGAUAGAUUUGAAUCUGGUAUUCAUUCUAAAUUGCUGUGUCAGUAAGGUGUGUCGUGUAGCAGUUCUUUUCUUAUCUGUGCAUCUAUUGAUUAUAUUAUUAUUGUCCUCUCACUUUUGAAGGGGUUCUUCUCAAAUGCGGUGGAGUUUGUUUUUAUCUGCUUUAAUACUUUUUGGAGGAAGAUCGUCUUCUCGAUCUAUGAAGGAUUAUUUCUUUGUCUAUUUUUCCUUGAGUAAUUUUUUUUAGAUCAUUAUAGGUGCUUCAUAUAUAAGUGUAUAUUAUAAUUAAAAAAGACCUUGCACACCUACUCAGUUGUUUGAAACACGGUGCUCGAUUGCACUGAUUAUGCAGGACAAAAAAAAUCUGCACUCCCGGGUCUUUUCACACAAAACUUCUUUACUAGAAAAGUGUCAACAACAGUGGCGUACAUACCAGGGUCGCAGGGGUCGCGGCUGUGACCGGGCCCGGCCCACCAGGGGGCCCGGCCGCCCCUGCGACCCGGUAUAUACCCACAGGGCCAGCCUCUUCUCCUGGGGGGCCCAGGAGGCGGCCACCUCAGGCCCCCCGAGGCUGGCCCUGCUGACCCCAGCGGGCAGGCAGGCAGGCGCGCGAGGGAGCACUCAGUGCUUCCUCUUCAGCUCCCUCGCGCACCGCACUGAUGCCGGAGCCGGAAGAUGACGUCAUCUUCCGGCUCCGGCAUCCCUACGCGGCGCGCGAGGGAGCUGAAGAGGGAGCACACAGGGGAAAGUGCUCCCUCGCGCGCCGGCUGGCCAUGCAGCCCGCCCACCCAGUGACCAGAAGCCCAGCAGUACCACUGGACCCCAGGGAAUCCCCCCAGCACUCCAAAAGGUAAGGAGGCUGGGGGGAUUAAAUUUGAAAAAAAAAUGUGUGUGUUAGAGUGUGUGUGUGUGUUAGUGUGUCAGUAUUUGUUUGUGUUAGUGCGUGUGUUAGUGUGUGUGUCAGUGAAUGUGACACACACACUAAAACUAGAGGGACCUGGCACCCAGACCACUUCAUUGAGCUGAUGUGAUCUGGGUGUCUGUAGUGGUCCUUUAAGUGUGUGUGCAUACCGCGGUCGCGGGGUCGCAGCCCUGCAACCCCUGCGACCAGGUUCCCGCCACCAUGUGUUGCGACCCCGACCCGCGCCGUGUAAGUGCGCGCGGGGCAGGGGGGGGGAGGGGGGGGAAUCCACGGAUCAAUUUUUGCACCGGGGCCCCAUGGGUCAUGUGUACGCCACUGGUCAACAAUCGUUUCAGUUCCCAGUGGGCUGGCAUUCCUGCUCUUGGUAUACAUAGUGGUUAUUUCCUGAUGUUUGCCACAGUAUUGUCUGGCCACUGACCAGAUCUAUCGUUAGAAACUUUCCAUGUGUUUAGUAUUUUCACUACUGCCCUCCCACCAGCCCCAGUGCAGGGAGAUAGGUAUACAAGUCUGACCUCUAGCCAUAAUGUUAUUUUAGACAACAUUGUUCCCCUCUCAUGCUUGGCUGACAUAAUCAGAACUGGUGGUCUGAGCCAAUAACAAUGCUUCCCCAUAGGAUUGGCUGAGACUGUCAAGAGACAGAUCAGGGGAGAGCCAGUACAAGUCAAACACAGCCCUGCCCAAUCAGCAUCUCCUCAUAGAGGUGAAUUGAAUUAAUGCGUCUCUAUGAGGAAAGUUCAGUGUCUCCAUGCAGAGGGUGGAGACACUGAAUGGCAGUGCUGCACACUGUGCAGCAUAUCCACAGGAAGCGCCUCUAGUAGCCAUCCAAAGGAGUGGCCAGUGGAGGUAUCCCUAGGCUGUAAUGUAAACACUGCAUUUUAUCUGAAAAUUCAGUGUUUACUGCAAAAAGCCUGAAGAGAAUGAUUCUACUCACCAGAACAAACACAAUAAGUUGUAGUUGUUCUGGUAACUAUAGUGUCCCUUUAAGGCAUGGUGAUAGGUGUUCAACCCGUUUUUCUCUCCGAAGGCCUCAAUCCCCUCCUAACCAACACCGUAACUGGUCAACCAUCCAACCAAUUUCAACAGUAGUUAUUGUUUUUAAAGGUUAUUGUUACGUUCUGGAGGUGUUUCUUUAAAUUAGAAGUGUUCCCUUUAGUGAGGUCGUGAUGGUUGUAUUACUGGGGAAGGUGUUCUAUCACACAUUAGAACAUAGAAACAGAGGGCAGCUAUAACCUAAAAAGAAUGUCUUUUCGAGCUGAACAUGCCUCCUGGUGUUAUCAUUGUUUCGGGAUGGUAAUUCUCCCAUUAGGUUUUGAGCCUUUUCCAAGUGAAGUGUUCUUUUCCUCGGGUUAUUAUUAAAAACAAUUACUACUCUGUUGGUUGAAUUUCAUGAUGUAGCAUUGCUUUUUUUUUUUUUUUACUUUGUUGCAACAAAAUAAAUUAUUUUAUAGCUACAUAAAGUUACUCGGAAGCUUGUUUCAUUCUCCCCGUAUUUUAUGACCAAAGCAUUUUUAUUUGUACAUGUAAAUUCUGCAUAUUAUGGAAUAGAUGUGUGCUAAAAAUUAGUUUUUUGUUUCUUUUGAUUACAAUGUGUUCCUAUUGUACUAACUUUUUUUAUGCAUUCAUUCUGCUAAAAUAAAGAGCUGAAUUAUAUGUUCUGGCUUUUUUUUGUGUGCAGAGAGUUUAACAGAUGUCAUGGAGGAUGGUUGCUUAUCUCCUACUUAAGAAAGGGUAUUUUCAAAGAGAUUUUAGAAUUGAACUACUUCCUGUUCUUUAUGUCAAUCUAUUCAAAUAGCUACAGAUUGUGAUCAGGGCUUUUAAAAUCUGCUGUAUAAGUGAGGUGUUUUUUAUUUAUUUAUUUAUUUUUUUAAAUUUUCUUUUACCUUUUUACAUACUGUAUCUAACUCUGCAGAAUGUAUUGGUGCUAUAUAAGUAAAUUGCAUAAAUAAAUAAAGGAACACUAUAGUCACCUACAUUACUUUAGCUAAAUAAAGCAGUUUUAGUGUAUAGAUCAUUCCCCUGCAAUUUCACUGCUCAAUUCACUGUCAUUUAGGAGUUAAAUCACUUUGUUUCUGUUUAUGCAGCCCUAGCCACACCUCCCCUGGCUAUGAUUGACAGAGCCUGCAUGAAAAAAAAAACUGGUUUCACUUUCAAACAGAUGUAAUUUACCUUAAAUAAUUGUAUCUUAAUCUCUAAAUUGAACUUUAAUCACAUACAGGAGGCUUUUGCAGGGUCUAGCAAGCUAUUAACAUAGCAGGGGAUAAGAAAAUCUUAAUUAAACAGAACCUGCAAUAAAGAAAGUCUAAAUAGGGCUCUCUUUACAGGAAGUGUUUAUGGAAGGCUGUGCAAGUCACAUGCAGGGAGGUGUGACUAGGGUUCAUAAACAAAGGAUUUAACUCCUAAAUGGUAGUGGAUUGAGUAGUGAGGCUGCAGGGGCAUGUUCUAUACACCAAAACUGCUUCAUUAAGCUAAAGUUGUUCAGGUGACUAUAGUGUCCCUAUACAUUUUAACCGAUUUAGUUUAAAAUCUUGAAGGUUGUUAAAGGGAUACUAUGGGAACCAAACCAUUUUUGCUUAAUAAAGCAGUUUUGAUGUAUAGAGCAGCCUCUCCAUUCUCACUGCUUAAUUCUCUGCCAUUUCUGUCGUUUCAACCCUAUUCAUACCUCUCUGCCUGUGACUUUCAUAGUCUUCCUAAACACUUCCUGUAAAGUUAUUUCCUGUUUACACUUCCUUUAUUGCAAAUUAUGUUUAAUUUAACAUUCAUCUCCUGCUCUGUUAAUAAACUUCUAGAGCCUCCUGUUCAUGAUUAAAGUUCAAUUUAGAGAGUAGGACAUAAAAACAUGUAAAGCAAAGACUUGACUUAAUAAUAAAGGGACACUGUAGGCACCCAGACCACUUCAGCUCAUUGAAGUUGUCUGGGUGCUGUGUCCCUAUUGCACUUAGUGCUGCAAUGUAAAACAUUGCAGCUCUAAGUCUGCCCUCAGUGUCUGUCUACUAGACAGCCACUUGGAGCGCUUCCAGAAUCAAGACAGACCUUUGGUCCAUUAUCUGAAGCUGGACGUCCUCGCGCUCUGCAUGAAGACCUCCAGUGUCCGUUUUUCCCUAUUGAAAAGCAUUGAAUAUUGCUUUCCUAUGGGAAAAUGCUAAUGUGAACGCAGCCAUUGCCACGCAUUAGGUCUCCCCCGCCAGCUUACGACGGCGGGGGAGAGGAGCAUGGACGGAGCUUGACCCAGUGUGGGCGGAGCCUGACAUCGGCUCUGGAUUCAGGUAAGUGGGUAAAACACAUGCACUCUCUGACAGACAACUUCAGCCCCACGGGAGUGGGGGGGCGCGAGGUAAGGGGGCACCUUUUAAGCCUAUAGUGCCAGGAAAACAUCUUGAAGGGAUUUAAGGGAUUCCCAUUAGUAAAUAGUGAAAUAAAAGCCAGUUCAUACCCAACUGAUCUGCUCUUUUUAAUCAUUAAGGACAACUCCUCUUUAACUCCCCUAUUGGAAGAAAUUAACAAGUUUGAAGUGAAUUAUGAAAGAAACGACACGUUAACUAAAAACGCACUCUCUGACUGACACACACAUUUUCUCAUACACUCACAAAUUAUUUAUUUACUUUUUCAAUUUACAUCACCAGAGCCUUUCCCACCUUUGUGAGAGCUGUAAUGGAUCCAUUCCUUUGGGUCAAGUGGAGCUUGUGUAAUCGUCAAGCUUUUCUUGCUCUGCUGCAACUGCUGCAGGAAGAUUUCUGCUCCCUUAGCUUUCUGGCUCCACGCUCCUCCAGCUGGUCGCAUCCACACUACCUUGGGCUGACAUACACCAGGAGAAUCAUCUUGCCUCCCUAAAUAUAGUAAAAUCUUACUUGUAUUCAAGUCUACAGCUGCUGGCUCUGCCCCUGUUUGCCUCUGACCUGUCUGGUGGUCUGAGCCAAUCACAAUGCCUUCAUAUAGGAUUGGAUGAGACAGUCAAAGAGGCAGAUCGGGGCAGAGCCAGCCAGUGCUGUAUUUGCCACAAGGCAAACAAGUGGGCGGCAAAAAACUCUGCCCCCAAAUGCCCAGGCAAAUGCCUUGUUAGCCUUGGGGCAGGCAGCUAGCUGAGGCCCAGGCGGGCAGCGAGGGAGCGCUGAUUUCUGAGUUCUUCCUGCUCAGCUUCCUUACGCGCUGCAGAGUGGAGCCGGAAUAUGACGUCCCAUUCCGGCUCCCGGCAUCACUUUGCAGCACACUAGGGAGCUGAGCAGGGAGAGCUCACAAAUCAGUACUCCCUCGCUGCCUGCCUGGAGAGCAACUAGCUGCCUUCCUGCCUGCCCAAACAGCCCGGGCAGCAGCCCCACUGGGUCCCAGGUAAAAAAUCCUCCUAGCUCUCCCAAAGGUAGGGAGGCUGGGUAGAUUUAAAUUAAAAUUAAAAAAAAAAAUCUGUGAGUGUUUAGGGGGGUGAGGGGGAGUGUAUGUGUCUGUGAGUGUGUCUUGUCAGUGAAUGUGUGUGUCUGUGAGCGAGCCUGUGUGUCUGAGUAACUGUGUGUCUGUAAGUGUGACUGUGAGUGUGUGUUUGUGUCUGAGUGACUGUGUGUGCCUGUGAGUGUGUGUGUGUUUCUAUGAGGGAGCGUGUGUGUGUGUGUAUGUCAGUGUAUCUGAGAGUGUAUUUCUGUCAGUCAAAGUGUGUGUUAGUCUUUAACAGGAAGAGGUGUUGCUUUGACAGGAAGGGGUGGGGCAAAUGUAAAUUAGGGGGUGCCCGAGUUUUGUCAAGCCUAGGGCAGCACAGAUUCAAAAUACACCACUGGAGCCAGCACAAAUCACACACAGCCCUGGUCAAUCAGCAUCUACUCGCAUAGAUGCAUUUAAUCAAUGCAUCUCUGAGGAAAGUUCAGUGUCUGCAUGCAGAGGGUGGAGACACUACAUGGGAGUGGCCAGUGUUUGCAUGAAAAUGCCUGCUGGGAAUGAUUAUACUCACUAGGACCAACUACAUUAAGCUGUAGUUGUUCUGGUGACUAUAGUAUCCCUUUAAGGUAAAAUAGUCAAACUGAAAACAUAAUUGACUUUGAUCCGGUAAUAGACUUAGAAAAUGUUUCUAUCAGGUUUUUUCCAAAAUCACUCCACUACAAAUGCCCUUAAGGAACAAGGAGACCUAACUGGAGCUAUUUUCCUUGAACUUGCAAAGGCCUUUUGACACAGUAGACCACAACGUUCUACUGCACAAACUAAAAAACUCAUGUAUCGAUGAUGGUCCGCUAACCUGGUUUCGAUCAUAUGUAUCGGAUCGAUCACAAUAUAUGUCCAUUUCUAACAGCAACUCGCUCCCUCUCCCAGUCACGUGUGGUGUUUCCCAAGGUUUCAUUCUCGGCCCCCUACUAUUCACAUUUUUUGUAAAUGAUCUGCCUAAUGUAUGCAAAUCCUCAAAUUUACACAUAUCCGCAGAUGAAACCGUCAUCUAUAAAAGCAAAUCCGAUCUACCGAGACUGUGCUCCAAGACCAGUUUACAGAGGUAGAAAAGUGGAUCACAAAAAACAAACUCUUCCUAAACACUGCCAAAAUUGUCACAAUGAUCUUUGGAACAGUACCUAAAUUGCACAAAUUACAAAAUUCCCAUCUAUCAAUCAAAACAAAAUCAAAUAGCACACUGACCGCAGUCAAGUCUUUCAAAUACUUGGGUACGUUGUUAGACCCCAAUCUAUAUUUUUUCCACCCUAUAGAAAAACUUGCAUCUAAACUUUAUCCAAAACUAGGUGCCCUGUACAGAAACAAAUCCUGCCUAAGCCCUACAGUAAAGGAAAAGCUUGUUCAGUAAAUGCUGAUGCCAAUCAUUGAUUAUGGGGAUGCAGUAUAUGCACUUGCACCACAAACCCACCUUAAUAAACUUAAUACAUUGCAUAACGUGUUCUGCUCCAAUGUAAUUACAUGACCCACCAUUGUGACAUGCUAAGAGAACUAAACAGGCUGUCGCUGGAAUCCAUACGCACCCUUCAUCUUUCCAGCCCGGUGUUUAAGAGCUUUUCUGGGAAACUACCCUACCUGAGCAGAAUGCUCUCCCCGGCUGUUCCCACCUCCUAUAACCUCCCAUCCAGUACCAGCUCUUUAUUGAGUCUUCCUUUUCCUACAGAGCACCGCAAUUAUGGAACGACCUCCCGCACACUUUUAAAUCUUUCCCAGGCCUAAAAUCCUUUGAGAUCCCUCUCUACAUAUCUCAAAACAGAAUGCACCUGUCAUGGUUGACUAUAUAUUUCCUACCUCUUCUAUAUAAAAUUUUGUAUAUAUUGUGUAUUAAUAUUGUUUUUGUAUUAUAUUGUACCCUAUUGUAUCAAUGCAAUGUUUUGUGGGAUAUACUUAAAAACAAGAUAAAUCUCAACGUAUCCUUCCUGGUAAAAUAUUUUAUAUUCAUAACAAACUUUUGUGUUAGGGAUAAAAUAGGCACAAAACAACUUCAGCUUACUUAAGCAGUUUUGGUGUAUAGAUCAUGCCACUGUAUAGAUCAUGCCACUGUUCAGUUUCCUUCCAUUUAGAGGUCAAAUCCCUUUGUUUAUACAGUCCUCCCUGCAUGUGACUUGCAUAGCUUUCCUAAAAACUUUCUGAAAAAGAACCUAUAGAUUUUAGGUUCAUGUAUUUUGCAAAGGCCUUUGACACAGUAGACCACAACGUUCUACUGCACAAACUAAAAAAACUCAGGUAUUGAAUCUGUUUAUCUAGAAUUUCUUAUCUCCUGCUAUGUGUAUAGCCUUCUAGAACCUACAUGAGCCUCCUGUAUGUGAAUAAAGUGCAAUUAACAGAGCAGGAGAUACAAACAAAGCAAGUUAAAGUCUGAUUGAAAAUGAAACCUUUUUUUUUUUUUAUGCAGACUGUGUCAGUCAUAGCCAGAGGAGGUGUGGCUAGGACUGCAUAAACAGAAACAAACGUGGUUUAACUACUAAAUGGCAGAGAAUUGAACAGUGAUUCUGCAGGGGUAUGAUCUAUACACUAAAACGGCUUAAUUAAACUAAAGUUGUUUUGAUGCCUACAGUGUGCCUUUAACCUAAAGCAUAAAUUACGUCCAAGAUUAUGUUGCCUAUUUGUCCUCAUGCACGUGAUAGUCUGAGUUCCAUUUGUAUCCUUGAAGAAGAUUCUGUUCCUGACACUGUUUGUCCUAUUGCAGAAAAAGGAGUGGGCCUGGGAUCAGAACAAGAUGCUAGUUAUGCAGGAUCCUAUUUACAGGUUAGUACGCAUGAUUUACACUGUUCAGCUACUUUGUUCUUUUUGUUGAAUUUGAGUUUUACAUUUGUCAAGGAAGGUCAAAUACAAUUGUCAGGGUGUUUACUGUACCAGGAAUUUUCAGGCAUUGACCAAGGAAGCACACUAAAUGCCAACAAUUAGCAAAUCACGGGUCCUUUCCCUAUCUUAACGUGAUUCUGGUAGCGUAGAAGGAAGCACUGAGAGUAAAAUGAGUGAUCUCUCUUCUUCUUGGAAUUCCACUGUUGUAAGCAUUAAUUAAAAAAAAAAUUUUUUGUGAAUAUAGUUUUUAUUUUCAAUAGUCAACUGAUAUUGGUUAACUGUAUGCAGGUUGGGACUCGCAGGUCCAGCUGAAGAGACGCACAGGUCUCCGUAACGUUAGUUUGAGCACGAUUUCUGAGACUCGCCGGUCUUCAUUGUUUAGCAUAGAAAAACUCAUGUUGGACUCGCAGGUCCCUUAUGUGUUUGAGCAUAAAUAUAACAUAAGCAUUGGUAUUAUUCUGCGUCUUAUGUAGGUGCAAUAUUGUUUUGUGGCUAGGUUGGAGGUGUAUGGGGGGAUGGGGUGUUUGGUUCCCCGGGUGGGGGCUUGGGGGGACCAUCAUAGUGGCUAGGUGUUGGUCCCAAUGUUGCAUGUUGGUGCGUGGCAGGGCCCUGUCUAUCAUUCUAUCUUCCCAUGAAGAGGGGUUGUGCUGUAGGGGUCUCGGUUUGAAGCAUGUUGUAUAAGAAGGAUACGCCGUGUGGGAUGGGGUCUGGGUUUAUUUUUAUUUUUUUUACAAUCUUUAUUUUCAUUUCUACCUGAAAAAAAAAAUGGUAUUGAAAUAGCAAAACUAGCAUGUAGGAAUGAACAAGAACUUUCACAACCAAUAAAAAGAGAGUUUUUAUAUCCAUUAUCAUGGUUACAUCCACUGAAUGCCACAUAGCCCGACACUAGCCUAUUUAUAUUGGGUUGUUUGAGCUCCAUAGAGUGAUAAAUCAUGAUCUUGCCGCACCGAGGAAGUAGUGCCUGACACUUCCAUAUAACAAACCUUAUCUGGGCACCAGUAGGGAACCUAAAAAUGUUUCAUGUGUCUAGUUGCAAAUCAGUGGUUGUGUGCUACAUUAUCCUAUUAAAACAUGAGUCAAAGAUUAUAUAUCCUUUUCAAUGUGUUUUUAAAUGGUGUAAUUUUCAGAGAAGUUGUAAUUCCACUUUAAGUUCUCUUGCUGCCAGGAGUGUUCCUUUAAGGUACAUUCCUCCUGACAUCAAUCCCUGCAGCCUUUUGUAUUCACAUUUCUCAUGUAAUAAAUUAGGAAUGGCAGUACCUGGCAGGAUUUACUUACGGAGACUGUAUAUUGUGUUUCUUCUCCUUUUACCUAAUGUGGUUUUAUUAUUGCUUAUCCCUUUUUCUAACCUGUUUAUUUACCUAAAGGAUAUUCUACGUUUCUCAUGACUCUCAAGAUCUCAAAAUCUUCAGCUACAUUGCCAGAGAUGGAACCAGUAAUGUAUUCCGCUGCAAUGUCUUCAAAUCGAAGAAGAAGGUAAUGUGUGCUUUUAUAUAUACAGAACUAAACAAUUCCAUGGUUAUUACUCCAUUAUCGGGCACUUCGGUAACCCAUUACCAAACCUCCAUAGAUCUAUGUCUUUAAUCUAUUAAUUGCCAAUACACAUUAUUGAAAUCUUUUGUAAUAUUAAAGGUAAAAAAAAAAAAAACUUUUUUUUUUUUUUUUUUUUUUUUUUUUAAGUAGCUGGUUCACGGUUCCAUAGUUCAGUUUUCAUGAAAUACAAUGUAUUAACUCCUGAGCAGUAGUGAUGUCCCGAACGGUUCGCCACAGACUCAUCAUUGAGUAAACUUUGACCCUGUACCUCACAGUCAGCAGACACAUUCCAGCCAAUCAGCAGCAGACCCUCCCUCCCAGCCCCUCCCAACUCCUGGACAGCAUCCAUUGUGAAGCUGCAUUCUUAGUGAGCUGUCCAGGAGGUGGGAAGGUCUGGGAGGGAGGGUCUGCUGCUGAUUGGCUGGAAUGUGUCUGCUGACUGUGAGGUACAGGGUCAAAGUUUACUCAAUGAUGAGUCCAUGGCAAACCGUUCGCGUACCGUUCGAACAGUUUGGGACAUCACUACUGAGCAGUUUUUCCAUGUGUUUUUAGCACUUGACUCAUUGCCAUGAACAAUUUUUUUUGGUUUGGAGGAAGGGUGGAUUUCUAUAAUGACUAAAUGAAGAUCUUUGGGGAGACAAGCUAAAACAACUCAGAAAUAAAGCAUUUAGCAAUCUGAAACCAGUCAACAGAAUAACAUGAUUGAUUGCAAUGGCAGAUAAAAUGAAUUUACUAGCAUAACACACUUUGUUGCACAUGGCAUUUAAUGGGACACUCUAUGCCUUUCAGUGAACACCUUUCAAUGUGUUAUAUGGUGUAUAAUGCAUUGAUAUGAAUGAAAUAAAGAUGAAAUUAAACAAUGAACCUGCUGUUGCUGCUAUCACACUGCAAACUGAUCCCUGUUUGAUCAGGAAGCAACACCACAAAUCACGAGCCUUGCAUUCUUGUCUGCAGGUUUUUUCUUGUCUCAUGAACUCCUUUUAAUCAGCGGUCUAUGGGAUAUGUUUCUCAGCUUCAAGUCACAGAUUUGAUAAGGGAACUGCUUGAUAAACUGAUAGUCACCAUACCACACCUGCCAUUUUCACAGCCCUAGGCCCAGUUUUGUUAAUGGGGCAAUAUAGUUACAUAGCUGGAAAGAGACAUGCAUCCAUCAAGUUUUUCUUUACUCACAUUUGUUUUUGCGGUUGAUCCAAAAAAGGCAAAAAAAUCCAGUCUGAAGUGUUUCCAAUUUUGCAACAAACUAGGGGGAUAUAAUCCUCCUUGACCCCCAAAAUAGCAGUCUAUCUCCUUGGAUCAAGAUGCUAUUACCCCACUAAUUAAAAUGUAUAUUAUGAUUUUGCAAGUAUUUACGCAAUUGCUGUUUAAACAUCCGUAUAAACUCUAAUAAAACCAUCUCUUCAGACCGAGAAUGCCACAACCGUAUUUUUAUGACUGUGAAAGAGAAAGAGACUAUUGCUGUGUUAAAACGGUGACUUUCUGUAAAAAAAUCCCCUCAUAACUCCUUUUAAACGAAUCAAUAAAAUAAACUAAAAAACACACAAACAGAAACAAGUUGUUUUUUUUUGUUAGAUCUUUGAGAAGACUGGUACCUGCAGAGGCCCAGAUGAAAUCUGAGAAGCAUCCGCUGCAGACUCUUAUCUCAAAGGCCAUACACUGUACCAGAUGGAGCAUUUGUUAGUGGUUCUGCCUGGCACAAACUGCAUUCCUAAAAUCCAGAAAUACAGUGUUUCCAGAGCAGUAAUCCUUUAAUGACCCUUGCACUUUGACACUGUUAAGUAGAAUUAACAAUAAUGUAUUUAAUCACUAAAACACCCAUAGUAUUACAAUUUAAUAACUUCUCAUUAAUAGACAAUUACAAAUAUUUAUAUAAUGCCAACAUAUUCCAUAGCGCUGUACAAUAUGGAGUAUUUAAUUCUAACAUAACACGUAUGACAUACAGGAACAGUAGGUGAAGAAGGCCCUGCCCAAAUAAAAUUACAAUCUAAAGGACAAAUAGGGUGUUUUUGAUGGAUAACUCAAAAAGGAAGUUUGACAAAGAGAUCUUGUUUCUUUUUUUUUUUUUACUAAAUGCAGUACUCUAAACUACAUCAAUUUGGGACGGAUGGAGAAGAAGGGGUUAAACACAUACCUUUCUCCAGCGCCGGGCUCCCUUGGUGCUGGAGACUCUCCUCCUCCUUUCCCCGUCAUCGGCUGAAUACGCAUGCGCGGCAAGAGCUGCGCCCGCAUUCAGCCAGUCUCAUAGGAAAGCAUUCUCAAUGCUUUCCUAUUGACGCUGGCGUCUUCUCACUGCGAAAAUCAAUGAGACAGCCACUAGAGGCUGGAUUAACCCAUAGGUAAACAUAGCAGUUUUUCACAUUUGCAACUUCUCUGAAACUGCUAUGUUUACAGCAGAAAGGGUUAAUCCUAGGUGGCACUGGCACCCAGACCACUUCAGUAAACUGAAGUGGUCUGGGUGCCUAUAGUGGCCUAUAGUGGUCCUUUAAUUUGUGUUUCCACAAAUCAAGGUUACAAAAAAGGUUCAUGUAACAGCAUUAUAAUCACAGCUUGGUUCUUUUAGCCGAAAUUUUGCCUUUUGAUUUUCACUUCAGUCAGUGUGCAGUAAAUAACAUUCUUUCAAAUGUAUCAGACUUCUAGAAGCAUAAAGGUUACCUUUAACCCCUUAGGGACCAAAUUUCUGGAAUAAAAGGAAAUCAUGACAUGUCACACAUGUCAUGUGUCCUUAAGGGGUUAAAAGGUACAUUUAUUUAUUUUUUAUUUCUUAAAAUAACAUUCAAGCAUUCAUAAUGCAAAACUUAUACGAGUGUACUUUGUAUGAAAUGCAUUUUCACCUAAAUAUUGUGCCAGCAGUCUAGUAUAUAAUAUUCAAAUUGUAUUUAUCAUAUAAUAUUAUACCCCGAUUUUAUUAAUUUCCUGCGUAUCAAGUUAUUUAUGCUAGCCUGUGAGAGUCUCAUGUGCGGUGUACAUCCCACUUGACUAGUGGCUUAAAGGGUUCAACCAGAAAACAGUGUUAUAAUUUGUGUUAAAGUUGAGUUUCAGAGACAUGUCGGGGUAUAAAUUUUAAACAUACAUCGAGAUACACUUCGGUUUGUGAUGGCAAAAGGUAACAAUGCGUAUCAAGUUGCAAAAAUGGCAUCAUAGUACAACAGUGGUAUAGAGAAAUCCGUAAAUUCACAGUACCACUAAUGCUAUACAUAAAGGCAAGUUGAAGUGGCAUUCUCAUUUUACGUUUGAUCAUGACAGCUUUCUGUAAGGUGGUAAAACACUUUUUGGUUAGAUUAACCCUUCCUAUCCUGCUGACGCUACCUCCUAUCCCACAAACAAAUUAAAACAAGCUAAAACUUCCCUCCAUUCCAUUUCAAGUUCUCAUUUCAGCCAGAUCUCAUUUGCUGAUGUCAUGGGCGGGCUGAGGGGAUGACAUGGAGGCACAAAUAUAGGGAACAUGUCGCCAUUGGACGUCUGUCACCAGCAUGCUGUGUGUGUGUAAGAUGUCAGACGUACAAUAUACACAUGACUGACAAUAGUUGCAGGUUGACUAAUGACACCCCAAUCAGGGCCGGAUUAACAUAGGGGCUGAUGGAGCUGCAGCUCCAGGCCCAGGCCCAGGCCCAUGGAAUAGGCCCAUUGAGUUUAAAAAAAAAAGAAUUUUUUUUUUUUUUACAUUUUUUUUCACACACUUCUCUUAGGGAUUCCAUCUGGCUUUUAUUUUAUUGGUACAGCCAGUAUUUGAGGCUUCCUGGCUGGUGCCAAUAUUGCAGUGAUACUGGCAAUACAAAUGCUGGUAUUUUUCUCAGUAUAAACAAGAGAUUACUCUGCAAUACCAGCACUGGCCAGUAGGGGUCGCUGUAUGUGGAGAGAGGCAGGGAUAGGAAGUUACAGCAUAUCCCUCCCUGCCUAUCUAUACUCACUGAUCUCCAGGGGUGCAGCUACAGAAAGUCCAGACAGCAACUCCCACCCUGCAGAGACAGCCUACAGCUCAGGGAAGUAAGGGAUGGGGGAAAGGCUGCAAGGAGACAUGGGGACACUGAGACACUAAGGGGCACUGGGAGACAUUAUGGCAGACACUGAGACACUAAGGGACAUCGGGAGACAUUAUGGCAGACAUUGAGACACUAAGGGACUUUGGGAGACUUUAUGGCAGACACUGAGACACUAAGGGACAUUGAGAGACAUUAUGGCAGACACUGAGACACUAAGGGACAUUGAGAGACAUUAUGGCAGACACGGAGACACUAAGGGCACUGGGAGACAUUAUGGCAGACACUGAGACAUUAAGGGACAAUGGGAGACAUUAUGGCAGACACUGAGACACUAAGGGACAUUGGGAGACAUUAUGGCAGACACUGAGACACUAAGGGACAUUGGGAGACAUUAUGGCAGACACUGAGACACUAAGGGACAUUGAGAGACAUUAUGGCAGACACUGAGACACUAAGGGACAUUGAGAGACAUUAUGGCAGACACUGAGACACUAAGGGACACUGGGAGACAUUAUGGCAGACACUGAGACACUAAGGGACAUUGGGAGACAUUAUGGCAGACACUGAGACACUAAGGGACAUUGGGAGACAUUAUGGCAGACACUGAGACACUAAGGGACAUUGGGAGACAUUAUGGCAGACACUGAGACACUAAGGGACAUUGGGAGACAUUAUGGCAGACACUGAGACACUAAGGGACAUUGGGAGACAUUAUGGCAGACACUGAGACACUAAGGGACACUGGGAGACAUUAUGGCAGACACUGAGACACUAAGGGACACUGGGAGACAUUAUGGCAGACACUGAGACACUAAGGGACACUGGGAGACAUUAUGGCAGACACUGAGACACUAAGGGACAUUGGGAGACAUUAUGGCAGACACUGAGACACUAAGGGACACUGGGAGACAUUAUGGCAGACACUGAGACACUAAGGGACAUUGGGAGACAUUAUGGCAGACACUGAGACAUUAAGGGACAAUGGGAGACAUUAUGGCAGACACUGAGACACUAAGGGACAUUGGGAGACAUUAUGACAGACACUAAGGGACACUGGGAGACAUUAUGGCAGACACUGAGACACUAAGGGACACUGGGAGACAUUAUGACAGACACUGAGACACUAAGGGACACUGGGAGACAUUAUGGCAGACACUGAGACACUAAGGUACACUGGGAGACAUUAUGGCAGACACUGAGACACUAAGGGGCACUGGGAGACAUUAUGGCAGACACUAAGGGACAUUGGGAGAUACUAUGACACAGACACAUGGGGACACAGUGUCCCCAUGUCUCCCAGCCAGUGUCCCUGGUGUCUCCGUGCCCCCUAGUCUCCCAGUGACCCCUAGUCUCCCAGUGCCCCCAGUCGGCCAGUGUCUCACUGUCCCCAUGUCUUCUAGUGCCUCCAUGUCUCUCAUUGCCUCAAGUGUCACAAUGUCCCCAUGUCUCCAAGCUAGUGUCCCUAGUGUCUGUGGCCCUGGUGUCUCUGUGUCCCCAUGUCUCCCAGUGCCCCAUGUCUCAAUGUCCCCAUGUCCCCCAGCCAGUGCCUCUAGUGUCUGUAUCCCCAUGUCUUCAAGUGUCCCCUAUUUUCCCAUUGUCCCCAUGUGUCCCAGCCAGAGUCCCCUAGUCUCCCAGUGUCACUGGUGUCUCCAUGUCCCUAGGUCUCCCCGUGUCCCCAGGUCUCCCCGUCUUCCUAGUGUCCUAGUGACAUGGGGACCCUGGGAUACAUGGGGACACAGGGAGACAUGGGGCAUUGAGACACUGUGAUACAUAGGAUCACUGGGAGACCUGGGGACACGACACUAGGGGACACUGGGAGACAUGGGGCACUGAGACACUGAUACAUAGGAACACUGAGACCUGGAGUAAUCGACACAUGGGGGCACUGAGUCAUGAGGGCACUGGGAGGAAUCCAUCUAUACAGCAGAAUCAAACUAUAGUUUUUUGGUGAUUUUACAGCAUUUUCUCUUAUGUCACUCCUUGUGAUUUACAUCAUGUGAUGUCACCCAUACAUAUUUAAUUAUGCAAAUUAGCAAGGCCGGUAUGUUUUUCCAAGAAAGGUGGCAACCCUAACUACUUUUCACAUACUCUUACUUAAGUAUGGAAACUUAAGUGGGAUGUAUGGGAACAAAACUUGUGUGGACUGGCUGACAAUGAAUAUAGUUAAAGGGACACUAUAGUCACCAGAACAACUACAGCUUAUUGAAUUUGUUCUGGUGAGUAGAAUCAUUACCGUCAGGCUUUUUGCUGUAAACACUGUCUUUUCAGAGAAAAUGCAGUCUUUACAUUACAUCCUAGUGAUAACUUCACUGGCCACUCCUUAGAUGACUGUUAGAGAUCCUUCCUGGGUCAUGGCUGCCUAAAAUGCAUCCAAACAUUCAGUGUCUCCUCCCUCUGCAUGCAGACACUGAACUUUCCUCAUAGAGAUUCAUUAAUGAAAUUCAUCUAUAUAAGGAGAUGCUGAUUGGCCAGGGCUGUGUUUGAAUCAUACUGGCUCUGACCCUGAUCUGCCUCUUUGUCAGUCUCAGCCAAUCCUAUGGGGAAGCACUGUGAUUGGAUGAGGCCACCACUUCUAAUGAUGUCAGCAGACUGCUUGUUUGUAUGAGUCUAACAGCAUGCAGAGUUACAGCUUCAGGCGUGAAUAUAGAUUUUGCUAUAUUUAUGGAGGCAUGAGAGGUCCAGGGGGGGGCUAGAUGGUGGUGUUAACACUAUAGGGUCAUGAAUUCAUGUUUGUGUUCCUGAUCCUAUAGUGAUCCUUUAAGGUAAUGCUGAUUUUGGUCUCUCUAACACUGUGGCAUGUUCCCUUUCUUCUACACUCACUACAUACAGCUUUUCUCUGUCCCAGACUAUAUACCAGGAGCUUCUGCCUGCUAGUAAGAAGGUAAGGAGACAAGUGGACCAGCGAGUGCUAGGGGACAGUCCUUAGAAAGCGUUGAGCGAGCGCAUCAUUAGAUGCAUUUAUGCCAAGCUCAGGGUGCUGUCUGCAUAAUAUGCCCUUAGUUGGCCAGCUGCAUGAUUGGCAGGCAGCCUGACAUGCAUUCAUGCCAGGCUGGCCUUCUAAUUCUUUGGGCAGACAUGUCCUCUUUUUGGGUAUGUUCGCCCCUUUUGGCAGGUUACGUGAUUUGUGUCAGUGGCACACCAUUUUACCAUGCCCAUUGACUUCCUGCUUGACUGGACACUGCUGUUAGGGGUUAUGGAUUUACUUUAAAGCUGAAAACAUAAAUUAGUGAGAGAUUAGCCUAGGGUAUGUGUUUUCCUAUAGCUGCUGUUUUCUUUCUCUCCAGCACCAUCUCCAUCAGAUACAUGAUGCUUUGGAGUGUUUUACUGUUUUUGGUAGAUAUGAUUCUGUAAUUAGGCCCGUCAUAAUUGUCAGCACCAGGCCCACUGGGCUCUUAAUCUGGCCCUGACCCCAAUGAUACUGCUGGCACCAAAAAGGGUAAAAUCUGAUGUGCAGUGUUUCACUUAAAAUCACUAAAGUGGUUGUUGAGCAUGUUACUCUUUAAUCCCAGAAUGCUGUUUAAGCAGACUAGGCACAAAGCAAGAAGUGUUGUGUGGUGUACUUUUCUACCACACAACAUACACUAAAAGCAGUUUCUGUCAAGUUUGUCUUAUACUUUUAACCUAUAUAUUUAAUGCUGAUUUUCUUUGGAAUUAAAUUGUAUUCCUUACGUUUAGACCUAGACAUUCAUACACUUGUGGACGACAGCUGAACUUUAAAUUCUCAUUUAAACCGUUUCUAGAUUAACCUGUCACCCCAUCUUUAUUCCUCAUCUCCCACUGUCUAAGUAACCCCCGUCUGCUGGGCUCCAAAUUGUCUUACGACCAGGGCUCUAUAGAGACCAUGACAUGAAGGAUCACUAUGCCGCUGACUUUUAUUAUUUACGUUGUCAUGGAGAUUUCAAUAUCUGAAAAUCUAGACUGUAGAUGGAAAGAAAACUUCUGCUAUCAACUGAAGUAUUUUUUUUCCUCAUUGUUUGAUUUUAAAAUAUAAAGCUGCUGUUAUUGGCGCUCCAAAAACAAACAAAAAAAACCCAGAAAUGUAACCUUGUCACAAUUUAUAAAUCUCUGUGGAAUUUAAUUAAAACCGUAAUUCUUCACCUUCUUUAUUAUCACACAAUGUGCUUUGUGCUUACACUGGGAGCAUAGUGUGUGGGGAACAUUUUAUAAUGAUGUACACCAAAAGGAAUGUACCUAUGUAUAGGGUGUGAUAAGACGCAUUGUACUUUAUUCGCAAAAGUCUAAAUUGUGACAAACUGAAAUCUAAAUGGCAAUAUUUUAUCUUUAAUUGUAUAAAACCAGUUAAAAAUUCAAAUUGAUAUUCCUCUCUUUUUUUUUUUUCCUUUUGUGAUACCCUGUACAUUGUGUGUUUCUUCUUCGUCUGUCUGUGGUCUCCUCUUCAGAGUUGGUCUCUCCUUGUCCCCAAUGUGGUUUCCUGUACAGAGUUGGUCUCUCCUUGUCCCUCAUGUGGUCUCCUGUGCAGUGCGGGUCUUUCCUUGUUCUUCAUGUGGUCUCUUGUACUGUCUGGGUCUCUCCUUGUCCCUCAUGUGGUCUCCUGUACAGAGUUGGUCUCUCAUUGUCCCUCAUGUGGUCUCCUGUACAGUGCGGGUCUCUCAUUGUCUCUCAUGUGGUCUCCUGUACAAUCUGGAUCUCUCAUUUUUCCUCAUGUGGUCUCCCAUACAAAACAAGGGGAAAAUACAGAAAGUGUUACUGACAAAAUAGACCACAUUAAGAACUAAGAAGGGCAAUAAUAAAAAUGAUUCUAGGUUCUCUCUGUUUUGGGCCUUUUUCUGUGCUCCAGAAAACCGCAAGCACUACUUCAAAUACCAUGUCUAUUAUUGUCACUCAUUACUUGGAUCAGCUACCUUCACCGACAUGUCUUGCCAUUUAGCGGUCAAAGAUACACUACAUUUAAUAAUUAAACUAAUACUGCAUCUAGGUGUGUAGAAAGGGACAUAAUAAAGUGAAUAAGUGAGUAUAUCUGGCCUUUCAAUAAGCUAAUGGGCCUUUUUAUAUUGCAUAGGUCGUGAUACUUGACUUCCUAUUUUUACCUAUUCACUUCCUUUUACUAACGUGAAAGCUCCUUGAAGCAGAACAUAGUUGGGAUAUUAUAUAUUACUGUUCUUCAAGACUUUUUGUUUGCUGAAUGAUGGACACUGGUGGCCCUACAGCAACUUUUCUUUAUUGCCUCACUUUGACAAGAGUAAGCAUGAAUAUUAAAGCCAUAAAAAACUUUUUUCUUCGAAUUGAAUAUGCAAUAAUGCUGUCCACUUUCAACACUCUGUUAAAUAGACAUUUCAACAGUUAAAGAUAAAAUGAACAUAAUUACUAAUCAGUGUGCAGUAUUCUGCACAAUAUAGAAUGUUGACUAUACAACAGUUUAAAUAACAGCCCUAAAGAAAUACCAUGAGAAUUAUGAAAAAUGUAAGCAUGUUCCACUAAAUGUUAUUAAAGCUCCUAUGUAGACCCACCUUAGGUUUGUAAGGUAAAUCAGAACUGCUGAUAUUUUAUUGCUAUUGGGGUUAUUUGGUGUUCACUGAUCCAACCAAAUCAGCACAUUUUUACCAACAUUUUUGUUUACAACAUCCAAAAUCUUUAAUUUAAAGUCUCAAAACUAGAAAGACAACCUACUCAAGAGAUAGGGAAAUUGAUUCAAAGAAUGGCAUGGGUCAAAGCACUGAUUUUUAAAGUAAACUGUUCUAUCUCCUGACAGAGUCAAGCAAUGCGAGUCGUCCGAACAGUAGGACAGGCCUUUGAGGUUUGUCACAAGCUGAGUCUGCAGCAUACUGAGGACAGCAGGGAUGGGCAAGAAGAUGUGGAAAGUGAAGAGAGCACAGAUGAUUCAGGUGUGCCAGGUAUGAGGUCAACAAAAAGGACAUGGUGGAUACCUUCCUACAGUAGCUGAGACAGAAUGUUACCGUUUGUCCCGUUUUACAAUGUUUUCAUCCUGUUUUGAAUGCCAUCACAGCUAUUGUGCCUCUUAGACGUUGUCUGCUUUCUUUUAACUAGUCAUCGUGUAGCCCAUGGAUCAGCGCACCUUGGGGAGUGGGCCUUGACAGAGCCAGGAGGUAGGCAUAACAGCCAUAGGAAGUUGAGUGACAGCUAGCAAGCUGGGUGGGGUGGAGCCACGAGGGGAGUAUUUAUACCGGCCAUCUUAUGAAGGGGCCAUCUUAACUGAACCUAAACUUACCUGUCAGUUGUCCCUCCCACCCUCCCUGAAUUUGGUUAGGAUAGGUUAGAUAAUUUUCCCAUUUUUCACAGCAGUGGGGAAUGGUCAGGUUAAAUCGGGGUGUAGAUGGAGGAGGAAGUGGGUAUCCUGAGGUUUAGUGUGGAUUAGGCAGUGUUACACAAGGUUGGUAGGUUUGAGCCGUUCGUGGCUCCGAACCUGGGGAUGUAGCGAUGUCUUGGUACACCCCUACAUUGGAACUGGUGGGUAGCGGUGUCUUGGUACACCCCUACAUUGGAACUGGUGGGUAGCGGUGUCUUGGUACACCCCUACAAUUGAUCUGGUGGGUAGCGGUGUCUUGGUAUAGCCCUACAUUGGAACUUGUGGGUAGCGGUGUCUUGGUACACCCCUACAAUUGAUCUGGUGGGUAGCGAUGUCUUGGUACACCACUACAAUUAAUCUGGUGGAUAGCGGUGUCUUGGUACACCCCUACAUUUGAUCUGGUGGAUAGCGGUGUCUUGGUACACCCCUACAAUUUAAAAUGUCAUAUUGGACGGACAGUUUCUGUGUUAAUGUUAUCUAUUGUUAUUAUUGUGGGGUCAUUGCCAGGGGUAUGUUAUGUAUAUGGGGGGAUGUAGACUUUAAUAGCGCAUAUGCCGGCAAAUCUGACUGUGAGCCUGUCACAGGUUUUAUCUGUUACUUUGCUAUUUCACAGUGUGACACUUAUUUGACUCACAACCUCUCGGUGCUUUUAUUUUUUCCUUGUCUUAUUCACAUCAUGCUUUUCUUUUAAGUGAUCCCAUUUUCUAAAGUUUACUUCUCAUUUCCAUAGUUAACAUCCUUCUUUUUAUUUCUAUGUGCUUUUUUUUCCACAUUUACUUAGAUCUGUUGUUCUCGUUCCAGUUUUGGUAACACUGGACAUUAUCUAUGACUAUUUUUAUUUUGAGUAAUUUUAAUAGAUGUUUGUGGUUUUUAUAUUAACUUUAUUAUUACUUUGUCUAUUUACAUGUGACAAACAGUGCCACCCAGUGGGAAAUAAGUUUUUCUUGCACAGCACUGACCAAUGUUUUGUUUUGUAUGUUUGUCUGCUUCACUGCUAGCUCUCUUGUUCACUUCAUCUCUCCUACUCGUGUACACCCCGAUCCUCAUACUGUUCAUUCUACCAGGUGGCAAUUUUUUAUUUCUGCUCACUCCUCAACUUUACUUGAUUUUGAGAACUGUCAUUCAGUGAUUUUUCUGUACUAGUUUUGAUGCUCUUAUAUGGUACUACUUUAACUUUCUCAUGGCCUUCCUUUGCCUUUUCCAGUGACACAAACCGUUGCCAGUGUAGAUCAUGCUGCUGAUGAGACUGAUAUAGAUGCUCUUGACAGUCCUCUCCCCAGUGGAGAAGGCCCAGCAUUCAGCCGAGGAGUGACUGACCUGGAUGCUGUACAUGUAGAAAGUGAUCAUAUAAAGGACAGCAAGGUUAAUGAUAUUUUUAAAUAACUAUACACCAUAUAAUACUCCCCCCUCCUCCUGCAAUGAUUGUAAGAGAACUGAUAUUACCACUGUAUGCUGCUUGAUACAUCCGACCUUGGAAUGUAAAUUUGCAUACUUAACAAUCUUUCUAACUAACUUAAAGGGCAACUGUCACCUAAAACUAUUUUAAUAUUUUAAACCUUUCAUCGAGUUUUGAAAGGAAAUUGCAUUUUUUAAAUCAACUAUAUGAAAAAAGAGAAACUCAUCCCUACCUUUAGUAUAUGAAAGGAUACUUCAGCCAUAUACAGAGAUUAAUUUAUGGGUUUGCAAAUACUAUCUGACCCAAGGUGCAUGUACAUGGCUCAAGGAUCCUAUCCUGUAGUAUAUGUAGAGAUGACAUUUUUCAAUUUUUUUUUUUUUUUACAUAUACUUUAUUUUAAAAAAUAUAUAUAUAUUUCUUUCAAAACUUAAAGGACCACUCUAGGCACCCAGACCACUUCAGCUUAAUGAAGUGGUCUGGGUGCCAGGUCCAGCUAGGGUUAACCCAUUUUUUUAUAAACAUAGCAGUUUCAGAGAAACUGCUAUGUUUGUAAAUGGGUUAAUCCUUCCUCCAGUUCCUCUAGUGGCUGUCUCACUGACAGCCGCUAGAGGCGCUUGCGUGAUUCUCACUGUGAAAAUCACAGUGAGAACACACAAGCGUCCAUAGUAAAUGCUUUCCUAUGAGACUGGCUGAAUGCGCGCGCAGCUCUUGACGCGCGUGCGCAUUCAGCUGAAUGGGAGGAGAAGAGGAGGAUCGGAGGAGAAGAGCUCCCCGCCCAGCGCUGGAGAAAGGUAAGUUUUAACCCCUUUCCUCUCCCCAGAGCCGGACGGGAGGGGGAUACUGAGGGUGGGGGCACGAGUAUGUUUUCCUGGCACUAUAGUGGUCCUUUAAUGAAAUGAGAAUUACAUUACAAAAUAAUUUAGAGUUAUAGUAGUCCUGUUUUAAGUUGCAGUAGACAGUUUUAAUAUAAAUCUCUCUCUCUCUCGAGAUUUAUAUUAAAACUGUCUACUGCAACUUAAAACAGGACUACUAUAACUCUAAAUUAUAUAUAUAGUUUCCAACAGAAAAACGAACAUAGUAAAAAAAUAAAUUUUAUUUAUAUAUAUAUAUAUAAUUUAUUUUUUUACCAUGUUCGUUUUUCUGUUGGCAACUGUAGGCGAAGAUUAAAAUACAAUUUGAAAACAAAUCUUUCUCUUGUAUUACAAGACAUGUUAACCGGCUCUUUGUUUUAGACCUCAGCGAAGGACCAGGUAAUAUCUGCCUCACCAAAAAUGCUGCUUCCAGCUGGCAGUCAACUCCCCCCUGGGACCCCACUAUCUCUGCACCACCAAAUUCAGCUUCUCCAACAACAACUUCAACAGCAACAGCAGCAAACCCAAGUAGCAGUGGCUCAGGUGAGAAUGUUUUAAUCAAGUUAUUGAGCAUGCUAAAGUGCUUCCUGACCUUUUUCGCGCUAUAAAAUCUUUAUUAAUUCCACUUUCUCUAUUCUUUCCUCCAUAGGUUCAUUUACUCAAAGACCAGCUGUCUGCUGAAGCUGCGGCCCGGCUAGAGUCCCAGGCCAGGGUUCAUCAGCUCCUUUUGCAGAACAAAGAUUUACUACAGCAUAUAUCAUUGCUGGUUAGGCAAGUCCAAGAACUGGAGGUCAGAUUGUCUGGACACAAUACAAGUAAGAACCAUGCUGAGCAUCUUUAUAUGAUAUGUUUCCAAGCUGUGGGAUCACAGUGAUGAAUAUUGUUUUCUAUGUGAAUUGCAGAAGUCUAGUAUUCUGGAUGUCAAGGUGAUGCAGAGAUUUGUAGCCAUUGUGUUGUAAUAGCAAAAGUACUUGCCUAGCUACCGCUUGUGUGAUAUUUGUGUUGAAUGUAAAUAUGGAUCUAGUAUGGAUCGAAUAGUGUCUUUGUAUAUUUGCAGUGGGAUCUCAAGACAGUCUUUUGGAGAUUACAUUCCGUUCCAGUGUCCCCCCAGUCCUGUGCGAUCCUACAACUCCACAACCAGAAGAUCUACCACCGUUGACGGAGUCUGAUUCAUCUUACCAACUGGGAAGCCCCUUAGGUAGGACAGACUGCCUGGUGAAGGUGCAGUGCUACCGUUUUGUGCCAGGCGAGGGGCAUGGGACUGGUGAGCUGCUGGGCAGCCUGGAGCUCUACAGAUUCCGAGAAUCUGGAAUUGCCUCUGAAUAUGAAUCUAACACAGAUGAUAGCGAGGAGAGGGAAUCCUGGGCACAGGAUGAGGGUGGUAGGUUGGCACAUGUCUUGCAUAGGGACAUGCUGGGUGACAGUCUAGAGGAUGAGAUUGCCGUGUAAGCAAUUGAAUAGUCGGGUAUACAACGGAGAGGAAGUUGUCUGUAUUUAAAAUAUCACAAUAGUUGGCUAAAUGUAUACAUUAUAUGUCUCUGAUUUUGAAAGACUGGAUAUAUUAAUAUACUAUACACGUGGUUGCAAAUACUUGCAUAAGGAAGGGGGUUUACUCACAGACUGAAUACAGCUCUGUGAAUUAGGAACCAAGUUGCAAAAUAAAGGCUAAAAUAAUCCGUCGUGACUGUAUCUAAGGGAGAGGAUCUGCUAUGUUUACCUUAAUUUUGCCUUUCAGGUUUCACAUUGCUUUGUGAAUAACCCUGCCAUUGUUUGAUGACCACAUAGUGUGUUGUUUCAUCACACUAUUGGAGUUAGGACAAUCACAUUCAUGUUCACAUAUUGGGGGGGGGGGGGAGAAUAACAAGUUGAAAUAGAAGUGUUGCAAAGUUCAACAAGUAGAGCAGUCACUGUGAAAUCUAAUGAAUUGCUUAUAUCAUUAGUUUCUACGGUGACGGCUUCACUUUUCACUUAGCAACAUUUGUAAACCUCAUCCAUUGCUUUUGUUAUCCUGACAACUAGAUUUAAAUAUGUCAGGUCAUUCAGAUGUGUUUACAAACUGUUUCCUGUCUGGGUGAUUAGAUUUAUUCAAAUACAGACAGUACAGUAGGAUGUAUUUGUGUGUAGUUUUAUAUAAUAUUGACUGGUCAGAAUUCUAUUUUGUGUGGUAUGACCAGUAAACAAAUGUAUGAAUUGUAUGUCUCUCAUUUUAGGAUCAAUGUCUGUAGCUAUAUACUGUACUGAUGAAAUAAGGUAUUUUAUAUGGAAUGUGGUUUCUGGAUGUAUUUUAUUUGCAGCCUAAAUAGAGAAGUUGUAGAUUCUCUGUCCAGUUGUGCUGUUUAGGCCAAAUAGUAGCAAUUUUAAAAUAAUUCUCUACAAACCCUGGUACAGAGCACGGGUAGUGCUCAGGGAACAAAACUGAAUACAAAAUUGUAUUUUGUGUAUUUUAUGGAUGCACCUUCAUGUUAAAGCAUACACUUAAACAUACACUUAAAUACUUCAUAAUUAGUGGAUACUGAAUAUGUAAAAUGAUCUGUUGUCAAAUAAGCCUGUACGUGCAUUGUACAUGUCUGACACCAUGACAGGUUAUACGUACACUACAUGUCUCUGAAACUAGGCUAGGCCUGUACAUAAACUGUACAUCUAUCUGAUACCAGGACAGUCCUUUCUAUACCAUGUAAUUAUUGUCUGGGACUCCAUGUCAGGUUUCUAUAUAUUGUGUGUAAACUAUGUGACACCAGCGCACAUUUUUCAUUAGUUACAGCUGCCUGCUCUCAGCCAAUGAAUACAAAAAUUGACAUUAGCCAGCUGCACAUAUGGACUCCAGGCACCAGGACCACUUCAAAUCACUGAAGUGGUACUGGUUCUUCGAAUAACUCUUCCACGUAGUAAAGGAUCAGUGGAUAUCGUACAUAAAAUUCAGCAGAUCCACAACCCACUGUACAUAAUGUCUGCCACUUGGUUAGGCCUAUUUCUUCAUUAUAUAUAAUGUCUGUAUUGCAAAGAACACACUCAUCUUGCACAAUGCUGUUGCAAAACUAUGAAUGAACUUUACUUUACAUAUUACAUACUGCUAAGGACAGUGAAUGUAAUGCAUGUGUGAUUGUAGUGUACAUUAUGUCUGUUAAACCAGAUAUUUUGUACAUCAUGUAGUUGGUAAUCUGUAUGCAGUGUAUGUAUAUAAUGUAUGUGCCAUCUGACUCGGUCUUUAUAUAUACACUGUAUAAAAGCAAUGUGGCAUUAUAACAGCAUUACUGACAUCUGUCUUUGCUGUAUAUAUUGCAUGUAACACUAGGACUAGACACACGUUACCCAGCUUAAUGCACCAUUUGUCUGUAUGUAUCCAAAAUAAAUGUAAAAAUGCUAAUUUUUUUUUUUUUUCUCUGUUUAUGAGAAUUGUUGGGCAGCUUCAGGGCUCCUCGUUCUGUCAGGCACUGUAUUCAGGCACAUUGAGAUUUGGGAUGCUCUGUGAGAAUGCAAGAGAGCCCUGAAGCUGUCACAGCUACUGCAGUGUACGGAGACAACUUACUACCAUGCAGCCUAUAGAUAAAUCUCUUGAUCUGUUCUGAUUGGCUAGGAAACAGAUUCUUAGAGCCAGGUCUUAAUUUUGUUUUGUAAACUUGCUGAGCUUUGACUUAGACAUAUUUGUCUACUGUAAGUUUGUGCCAAUGUAGAAUAUUAAGGCAUUUGAUACUGUCACUUCAGGUGGCAUCUUCAAAAAUUAGUUCCUCAAAUGCCGAGGGUCUUGAAAACAUGAAAAAUAUGCAAUGUUGAAAGGGUUUCUGCAGCUCCUUUUAAGAUGGAAACAAUGAGCGUCUUGUCCUUAAAGGUGGCAGAUUAUUUUGAUUCUUUUCUCUUUGAGGUUUUCUUUGCUGGAUGGGUGAUUCACAAACUUGUGCUCAAUUACCAGCAACCAUUUGUCUUGCAACAGAGAUAUCGGUAAAACGUGAAAUGAUAGUGGUCAUUGAGAACCAUUUGGUGAAUCACUGCCUUAAAUCAAAAGGUUUUCAAAUAAGUCUGGCUAAUGAUGCAAGUAUUUACGAAUUCUACAUGAUUGAUGAGAACCACAACAAUAUAACCAAACCUCAGGAAGUUAACUCACUGUAUAUAUAUUUUACUAUUCCAACUAAAUUAGUGUGAAGUUUAGAGACAACUCUCUCCUUGUGGGUUAGAGAGCUAGGUCAAUUCACAAUUCACCUCUAGCCUGUCAAAAGCAGAGUGCCUGUCUUUUCCCUAUUCAUUUCCAUGCUCUAAAUAUCUGGAUUUAACUUCAGUUUUCUUGAGUAGAGCUAAAUGAAGCAGCUAUCAACGUACUUCGCAUUAUCUUUGUGAAAGGUGUGCCAGACCCAAGAAACCGUUUCAGAAAAAAAAUCCAGACAAACAAAUAAUAACUUGGUAGUUUUACCAGUUCUGUCAUUAGUGAAUACAAAAGUGUGACAAGUACAAGUUACUCAUUCACUCCAGGAAUUCGUAUUAUUAUUAUUAUUAUUUUUUUUUUUUUAAAGUAUCCUUUUUUUUUUUUUGAACAAAUGUAUUUCCAGGACGGAGUAGAUUCUGACGUUCACAAGCUUAAAUGAUUUAAUUUUGGAAAAAUCAUCAUGAUUCUGAUAAACAGCUUUUUAUUUCCAUUAGGAAAAUCAAAACAGAACAAAAAAAAUGCCUGGCGGAGUUUUAAAUCUUUUGUUUGUUUUGUUUUUGUGUUAUUGUCCAUUUAUAUUGCGUAUCAUAUCAGCACAGAUUUCCUGGCAUGAGAUCUAGACUUGUGUAUUUUUCAUAUUCUAAACACAGGUGGUAACUGUCAUGGAAAAAUAGAAUUGUAGAGGAAUUUGUGAAAUGUAAUGUUGUAAGUCAUCCACAUAUCCAAAAGCAAAUAUAAAUCUCAAAGCAAAAAACUUAUCUAGACAUAUAAGAAAUAAGGUAGUAGGGGACUGUUAACAAAAUAGCGCUGAACACUUGUUCUGGAUACAUCAAACACCCCUAUAUGCAAAAUGCUAAAAAGACCUUUCACCAAACUGUAUAUAAAAUAUAUUUAGCUAAAAUGUCAUAUCAUAGCAAACUGAUCAAAUGCAGACAUGACAUGCAAAUUGUAUAAUUAUAAAUAUGAAUAAAGUAAAAAUAAUUAGAGGUCCAGAAAUAUUUCAAGGUAAUGGUGACCUGUAGUGUCAAAAUGUAAUCAUAAGACACAAAUGUAGCAAUCUAGUCUGAAUGUUGCUAUAACAUAUAAUGUAGUAAUGCUGCAGUGACCGGUCCUAAAUAUUAGCUCCUGGUUAACUGCUCACUUGGUGAAAGGUCUUUUUAUCAAAUCCCAAAGCAAACCUUAAAGGUCUGCCUGUAAAUAGAAGGUGUACUAUAUAUGUGGCACAACAACAAACAGCGCUAUCACCUGGGACUGUGUACCUCACAUACACAUGUAAAAGUAGCGAAAAACAAGAUAUAGUUUAUACAACUCCGUAGAAAAGUAUAAAACAGGUGAUAUAGAACAAAAGUAUAUAGAGGAUACAACCUGAAAUAAACAGAAUGUAAUAAUAGAGACCUGAAAAUAUAAAAUCACACAUAGUGAAGUAUAUACAGAUAAAUGGCUAAAUCCAGGAGGUAGAGAACUUACAAGAGAACAUAGAUGUUCUGCGCAUAUCUCUCCUUAGGGGUAAUCUGUUAGGUGGUGGAAAACUUCUUCCAAUAAGCGGAGUCCUCAAAAGAAUAAAAAGAAAAGUGCAGGUAGUAUAAUACUGUAAAAUGUAACAAAGAUUUAUUCACUGAUUGCACUUACAUACCCCUGAGGGGAGAUAUGCGCAGAACGUGUAAGUUCUCUACCUCCUGGAUUUAGCCAUUUAUCAACUCUAUCUUUUUUUUGCUACUUGUAAGGCUUGCUUUGGGAUAUUAGGUGAUACACAACCGUAAAUUUCUGAGUUUCUAUCAGUGGGAGCCAGUGGGAGCAUUUUCAUAAUUUUUUCAUCUCCCCAAUUUUGAAUAAUGUUUACUUAUAAAUGAAGUCGAAGAGUGCUUAUCCUACCCCAUGAAUAGGGUUGGACCCAUAUUUGUAUCUUGAGAAUUACAUUUUAUCUUGAGAAUUAGUUAUGAUAGAUCAUCUGGUUAAUGCACCAACUGAACAAUCUUUUCAAACUUAAAAUCUUCAGGUUCUAUUCUGGCAGGAAAAUAUAAGCCUUGUAUCAGUGAAAGGUGGAUAAAACUAGUACCAUUAAAUUGGAUAAUAGCCUCUAUUACCAAAUAGAUAUUGUAUUGUUUUCUUUCCUCCCCCUCCCCCCCUUUUUGUAUUCUUGAUACUGUGUACCAACAGGUAUCAUUAGCUGCUUUAAAUUGAGUAUUGCAAAAGUGGGAAGACUGAUCCUCUAUCCCCUAUCCUGUGAUAUGUGACCAAUUGUUAAAGGUUUACUCUAAGCACCCACGGUUGAAUCUUUUCAACGGUUAUGGUGCAGUUUUGCUCCUAGUCUAGACUGGUUUAUAACUACAGAGAUACAAUAUAAAAUGGUUGUAUGCCAUCAAAAGAGGGAUUGUAUUUCUUCAUUUGCUUGGCAAGGCCCAUCUAACCUGUGCAUGUUCAUCCCUAGUUACACCUGUAACUGGGAGUAUGGGUUGAACUACUUUCUCAUAAACACCAAUAGGACAGGGGUUAGAGGAUCGCACCAGACCCUUUAGAGGAGCUCUAGCAGCUGCUGCACUUGUGUGCAUAAGUGCUGCAAUUUUAGUAUUAUUAAAGAUAAAUAUCCAGUAGGAAAUAUCGUGUCCCACUGAGGGAGACUGGAGGCAGGGGCUUCACUAGCAUAAAAAAGAGAGGGAAAAGGGAAGGAAACCCUACCUUUAAUCAAUCUAGGGAUAUGCAUAAAAGGGAAGCCAAAGGGAAAAGGGGGAGAUUAGCUAAACAGUGCAACGGGGAUGUGAUCUAGAGUGCUCUAGGUCACAGGGAAUGGUGGGAACCAGAGGAAAACAAUUUAGCUCUUGAAUAUAGUAUAAAAAAUGUAACUACUGUUACUAAAGUGCUAAAGUCCCCCUUUCCCUCUAGCAACCGACUAAAUGGAUUGGUAGAUAUGUCAGGUAAGAGGGAAAGAUAAGUAGGAGAUUGGAGAAUCUAAUCAAACCUAAUACAAACUCAAAAGGCUUUCCCUUAGAUUAUCUCAACACCGUGGACAAGCCACUAAUGUCUACCUGAACCAUCUCUCCCUAUUACAACUUGCCCAAGAAAAAGAAAAAUGUGAAAUAAACCACCCUAAAAGAAGAUAAUCAAAUUGGUAUGAAAAUUGUGCUAACUACACUUAUGCUCCUGAUGAUGGCGUGCCGAAACGCGCGUCGAACUUUGAUUUUUUUCCUUUAACACCUCACCAGGUAUCAGGUUUUUCUUUUAUGCAUAUCCCUAGAUUGAUUACCUCUCUUUUUUUUAUGCUAGUUGAGCCCCUGCCUCUAGUCUCCCUCAGUGGGACACUAUAUUUCCUACUUUUACACCAUUAGAGGGUUUUGCCCUCAUCCUAGGAGCUCCACUAUAAGUGGUCACAUGGGGUGCAACCCACGAGCCCUUGAUUUGCAUCUGGGCUCCUGGACUGCAUUGCUGUUUUCCUUUAUCCUUUGUUAAGAUAAGUAUCCACCCCUCCGUUUUGAUUUAUUGCAUAGUGUUAAAGCAUUAUCUUCGUAAUACACUUGUGGAGGUUCACUAGUGUAUUCCUUUAAUGUGUGUGUUUUUAUUUCUUCAAUUAGAAUAUUUGCUGGUAGAUGGCGCUCUUUAUUUCUUUCAAAUGGUUCAGAAAGAUAAUUGUACAUCCUUGUGUACUAUAUGUUACAUGCUUCAGAGAGGCAGUUAAAUGCACCACUGUAAUCCCGUUACAGGAUUCAGUAUGAGUAUGUUAAAUGUCAUGUGUAUAUAUAUAUUUUUGCCCAUCCAACAAUCCUAGGCAGAAUGUAUACUGUUUGCACAGCAGUUGGUAAGCUAUGUGGUGCUAGAUUAGGCUCACUGCACAUUCUUGCAGUUGCCAAUGCAUCUGUAGGAGCUGUGUGGGUAAAAAAAAAAGGCAAUGGAAGGAAAACUUGAUACAGGCAAAUUCUGGAUCUCUAAUCUGUCUGUGUACGGCUCUGCGGCUAUUUUUGCUGAGUGAGGACACAGACACUUUGCCCUUAAUCCUUGUGUCGGUAAUUCUUUGGUUAAUUCAGAAAAUCCUUUUGUCUGUAUUAAGUGCACUUACCUUUUCUUUGUUAAAUAACAAUAAACCUUUAUUUCUAGCAUUUUCUCCUGUCUCUUGUAUUCUUUGCUUUCUAUUUUUACUCAUAUUACCUAUAUUUAUGUACUAUUUGUUUUUUUUAUAUAAAGUUCCAACAAAUUCAUAUGCACAUUACAAAGACCUGUGUGAGUUUAUAUACAAUCUAUCCCUCUCAGCAAUGUGUGUAAUGUUAUCUCUACAAUACUUCAUCUAACAUUAAGUCUUAAAAAACCUUUGAUUAAUGAAAAAAAACUAUAUUACACAGACGCAUUCUAUCUAUUUGUACAAAUUGUCUGGCAUGAGUGUGAUAUCUGCACACAGAUUUUUCAACACCCUGUUAGUACCAAUAAUCUGAUUCUACUGGCAUUCAGAAAAUCAUGAGAAAAAAAAAAUAUACAUAUAUCUAGGUUUGAAAAUGAUCUCUAUGUCUUCCUUUUUUUAUAAUUUGCUGUCCGAGUAUUUCCCUUUAAGGUAAGCACUUGAUGUCUCCCUCCACCUGGUAGUCAAACUAAUGUGGUUUCAUUUUCCUUCUUGCGUUGUAUUAUGUGUUUCAGAAAAAAAGUCCUGUUUUUCUGCUCUGAUCUUAAUUUCAUUGUUCAAUCCUUGACACUCAUUAUUUGUUUUCCUGGUGUUCAUGCCAUGUCCAUAUGCCGUUGUUGUGUUGUAACAGGGUGAUUCUUUCUGUCUUGACUGUGAUGUUGUGGUUUUGUUGCCAUUUCAAGGCAAUAAAUAGGAUUUUUUGCUGUUGGCAACUGGUAUGAUGUGAGAAUAAUGGAUAUUCUUGUCAUUUUGAAAUAGAAACACACUUAAAUAAACAGUUUCAAUAGCUAUUUAAGUAAUAAUCCGCUAAAAGUACUCAUGUUUUUUAUUCUGAAUGAUGUGUACUAUCUUGUGUUUACAUGCUUUGUCGAAUUUGUCUGAUUUGGAAAACCUAUUUUCCUCCAAUCUUAAAAUAUUAUUAUUGGAAUAAUAUAUUUACAGUACAUGUUGUUCAAAAAACACUGGUUCAAGUAAAAGGAAGUAUAAGCCGUGUUAUUUUGCCUUGUCUAUUAUGUCUGUUACAAUUUUUAAGGACGGGGGGAGUUGUCCAACAUCUGAACCAAACCAGAAUAGAAAUUCCAGAACUUGUGCUUGCUUUGUUGCACUGUAAUUGAAGUGUUUCUUUUAGUGCACUCGAUUAUAUUCUAAAUUGUUUUUAAAUGACAAAGUGCUUUUUUAAAAUAUCAUAUAUUAUACCUAACACAACAUUAAGUAUGACCAAAAUGUAAAAAAAUGGGGCAGAAAACCCCUCACACUUUAAAAAAAAUUUCUUUAUAAUAACGUUUACACAUCAAGUACACCUAAAGAAAAAGAACGCAAAGUAGAUUCAAGUAUUAGUCCUGUUUGUUAACUAUCUCAUAUGUCUAGGAUCUAAUACAUCUUUUGUCAGCUAACCCUAUGCCAGCCCAUUUUCCCAACCUUAUCUUUACACUAAUUUUAACUAAAACCACAUGAAUCCUUUUCCUAAGGUAUUUCCCUUGUUGAUGUCCGCAAAGGGAGUUUCAAGCUAAAAGAGUGGUCUGUGACUGCCAUAUAGUGGUCGUUUUACAGCUUGACUGGGAGACCUCCCUGCCCGACAUGCUGUUUCUGCUGUUUGCAUUGCAAUCUGUGAUGGUCAACUGGCACAGCCAGUCUCUUUAAGACUCACUGCAAACAGCGAAUCACCACGGCUGAGGGAGAUCUCUCUGUCGUGGUGAUUUAAAUUGAUUUUAAGGGCUAGAUUCAGCACUCUUAUUGAAAACGUAAUAUGUCCCCAGCUGACAGAGGGGAGCCCGAUGUAUUGAUUGAUAUCUGGGUCUUUCUGGUGUGGACCAAACGUUUACCGUGCCCACUGUCCUAAUGGUGUUAAGCCCACUCUGUGGAGGAUGGCAUGGAACAUCGUAACAUUAAGGGGUUAAUAAAUCAUUGCACCCAGUUGAUUGUGAAAUUAACAUAUGUUUCCUCUUGCUGGAAAAUAUUAAUUGGAAUCAUUGGUAAUCCUUUGAAAACAUUUAUGUUAAUAAAUAUAUAUAUAUAUAUAUAUAUAUAUAUAUAUUUUUUUUUUUUUUCCAUUUGUAAAAAAUAGAGAUACAGAUUUUUCAAGCAUUUGAAACAAACUCUUACAUAUGUCUCAAUUUAAAAUUUAAAUAAGGUAUAAAAACCUACACGUACUAGGAGAUCCCUAAACCAAUAAAAGGUGAAGUCUAAUUAUAGCUAUUUAUUUGUAUAUUAGACUUCACCUUUUAUUGGUUUAGGGAUCUCCUGGUACGUGUAGGUUUUUAUACCUCCUUUUAUGUAUUUACUUUCAAGAGCUUUUAUGGGGGCUUAUCUUGACUAGUAGAGACCCUUUACUUACUUAUUCCUAUCCCAUUAUUUCAAUUUUCUCCACUCUCCAGGUCUAGAUUAUUUUGCCCAAUCCAUCCAUUUAUCAUUCCUCAAUUUAAUAUUGUUGGAUUAACUUUUCAAACUAUUUAAUUUUGUAAUAUUUUAAUAUUUUAAUAUUUUGAAAAACAUUUUAAAAAUUUAUUCAAAAAUAUUAAAGUAUUUUUCUAAAUAUUAAAUAAUUUGAAAAGCUUAUCCGAAAAUAUUAAAAUCGAGACCGUAGUUGUAUUUCCCCUUCAUGUGUCAAUUACUUUAUAUUCUUUACAUAUACAUCAUGUUAUUAAUACCAGUAAUUAGAGCAACAUACCAAACUGGACACUAGUUUCAAGCCUAGAAAGUUAUUUUUACCUUUAAAUAAUAUAUUUGCAAUUAGAAUUUGUGCAGUUAUUGGUUUGAGGUAUAACAUUCAGAAUUCUAGAACUCUUUUACAGCAGUCUUGUUCUGAAGAUAACACAUGGGAUUUUCAGUGUGGCUCAGGCUAUGCAAGAAUAGAGUGUUAUAUCUGGCUAUUGGGCUUUGUUUUUUUUAAUUUCUAGAUCAUGUCUAACUUGAAGAUCGAUGUGUUUUAAUCGGCUGCAUUGGCCACUUCUAUACUAAAAUAUGUUCCUCCCAAUGAGAGAGCUCUGCUAUUCAGUAACCUGUGCGUCACUUACUUAAGAUACAUUACCCUAUAAAUUAAAGUUUGUUGACAUUGAAAACAUGCACAUAGUUUAUACAUUGGUGAUGAUCGUAUUCAAAGCUCAUUAUAAUCUGUCUAUUUUACAGUUGACCAAAGCAUGUUCCAGAAUACAAGUGCAGCAAUCCAACCAAAGCUACAGCCUAGCCGCUCUCUCAGCCAGUUAACAAAGUCCACCCAGAGCAGCUCAGAUCCUGCUGGAGUCAGCAUAUUGGUAGGCAGCACCCAGCACCUGAAGAAUCUGGGCAAAGCAGUUGGUGCCAAAGUGAAUGAUUUCUUGCGUAGAAGAGACACUGAUCGGGGAGACAUAGGCGUUACUGAAGUCAACAAGACAGUAGCUGCAGUGCUGUCCAGCAGCGAGAGAUCACUACAUAAAAAUGUCCCAGAAGGAGAAAUGUAAGUAUCUAUAUAUAUUUUAAUUCUUUUUUUUUAAAUUGCAGUCUUACACAGUUCAAUACAAUAGGUACAUAGCAUAACAUCUACACAUUUGACGUUCCAGCAAAAUGUAAAAUAUGGUAGCUCAUAUGUAGUCACGGUGACACACCAGAGUCUCUGAUAAGCAGUAGGAACAGUUGUUCAUCCGACAACAAGGUUUUUAUAGUUAUAUAUGAAAAUAGUUUAACAGUGGUAGUAACCAUACUACCAACAAACAAAGGUUUAACCAGCCCUGUCAUACCCUCUUGCUUUUGGCGAUCAUGUAUGUACCAUAACAUUCUUGUAAGUAGUUGGUUGUGUUCCCCACUGUAUCUUGCAGCGGAUGGAACUACAGGUACUGGCCCAACUGAUUAACAAGAAAAAGUAAAUACAUAGAUGGAACAAGGGGGGCAAAGGAAGGUAAUGGGGAAGUGCUCUGCUUCUCCUCGUUAUCUUCUCCCUGGGAGUGGGGUUUGGGAUUCUGUUUACUGGGAUAGGGGGCAUAGUUCCUCCCCUCUCCCAGCUUCCACUUCCUCCACUCCCCUUUCUUCUCCUCUUGCUAGAGCUCCCAUAGCUGAGGAAGCCCCCCGUGGGAAAUUCGCUAAGUAUUGUGUAUCUCAGUGGGUUGUAGGGCCCACAUAUGAAUCCCAGAUGGCUCGGCCUUGUACAUAAAUGCCUAGUUAAGUUUUAUCUUUAUACUAAUGCCAUGGUUCCCAUAUUUUAGAGAACAAGAGAAGGGUGUUCUAAAAUUCCCGUUAGUUGGUUCAUGAGAUGAUUUUCUUCUCUCUUGGCCUGACCUCUCCUAGAGGUGGCGGGGAGGGCUGUAGCCAGUGUGCUGCAAUGACUCGUCUCGCUGCCAGAGUUAUUCUGUUAUGUAAUUUUUGAUACCUGUAGGUCAUAACUUCCUGGGGUUUGGAUAGUAGAAAAAGCCAGGGGUCCAGCUCGAUCUGUCUAUGGAAGACAUCCCUAAGCAAUGUGCUGAUGUCCCCCCAGAACUGUGUCAGGGUGUGGCAGAACCACCACAUAUGAGGACAUAUGUUCCCCUUAUCCCACACCAACAAUCAUCCGUGGGUCGUACGCCCAUCCUAUACAACUGCACUGGAGUGGUAUGCCACCUGAAGAGGACUGUGUACAUUUGUUCCUGGGAGAUCACACAUACCGAAACCUUCGCCGCUGCCUCCCACAUAUCCUGCCAUUCAUCACCCUCAAUUUCCUCCCCCAGGUCCCUCUCCCACUGUUCUACAUAUCGUAAUGGGCUCCGAGCCUUAGAAGUCAAGCAUAGUUCAUUGUAAAUGUCUGUGAUAAGCCCCUUCCUUUGCUUUCCAUGGUAACUUAGUCUCUCAAAUAGAGUGUGUGUGGUGCCCCUCAACCCUGUGACCUCCUCCCUAUCGGCAAAGUCCCUGAUUUGAAGAUAACGGAAGUCGGGGCCUCUGUUUCAACGUGUCGAAAGUCACUAACUUAUCUCCAUCCCAUAAGUUCAAAUACCUUUGCACAGUGGCGUACACAUGACCCAUGGGGCCCCGGUGCAAAAAUUGAUCCGUGGGCCCCCCCACCCCCGCGCUUACUCGGCGCGGGUCAGGGUCGCAACACAUGGUGGCGGGCACCUGGUCGCAGGGGUUGCGACCCCGCGACCGCGGUAUGCACACACACUUAAAGGACCACUACAGACACCCAGAUCACAUCAGCUCAAUGAAGUGGUCUGGGUGCCAGGUCCCUCUAGUUUUAACCCUGCAGCUGAAAACAUAGCAGUUCCAGAGAAAUGGCUAUGUUUCACUGAGGGUUAAUCCAGCCUCUGGUGGCUGUCUCAUUGACAGCUGCUAGAGGAGCUUCCAUGAUUCUCACUGUGAAAAUCACAGUGAGAAGACACUGAACGUCCAUAGGAAAGCAUUGAUUAAUGCUUUCCUAUGGGCGGUUUAAAUGCGCGCGCGCCUCUUGCCGCGCAUGUGCAUUUCGGAGCUGAGUGGCGGACACUGGGGAGUCCGACGCUGGAGAAAGGUAAAUGCUGAAGACACACACACACACUCUCACGAACAGACGCAUACACACUAGCUAACAGACACACACAUUUACUGACAGAGACACACUCAGCGACAGACAUACAUACACACUCACUUACAAAACAUACACUUUCACUGACAAACACACACUCACUAACAGACAUCAACACACUCAGUAACAGACACACACAGUAACACACUCACUAGCAGACACACACCCAAUAACAGACACAUUCACUGACACACACACUAACACACGCACUAACACAAACACUGACACACACACACACACACAUACACUAACACACACAUACACUAACACACACACACACUAAAACACAUACUCUAACACACACACACUUUUUAAAAAAUUUAAUCCCCCCAGCCUCCUUACCUUUUGGAGUGCUGGGGGGAUUCCCUGGGGUCCAGUGGUGCUGCUGGGCUCCUGGGCGGGUGUCCGGUCGGGCGGGCAGGCAGGCGCGCGAGGGAGCACUCAGUGCUUCCUCUUCCGCUCCCUCGCGCGCCGCGUAGGGAUGCCGGCGCCGGAAGAUGACGUCAUCUUCCGGCUCCGGUAUCAGUGCGGUGCGCGAGGGAGCGGAAGAGGAAGCACUGAGUGCUCCCUCGCGCGCCUGCCUGCCCGCCCGACCACCCGCCUGCUGGGGUCAGCAGGGCCAGCCUCGGGGGGCCCUGAGGUGGCCGCCUCCUGGGCCCCCCAGGGGAAGAGGCUGCCCUGUGGCUACAUACCGGGUCGCAGGGGCGGCCGGGCCCCCUGGUGGGCCGGACCCGGUCGCAGCCGCGACCCCUGCGACCCUGGUAUGUACGCCACUGCCUUUGCAGUCCUGCGUCUUCCAGGUUUCCAAAACCUUGGGGGGUCAUGCCAGGAGGAAAGUCUCUAUUCUGUAAUACUGGGGUCAGGGAGGAGGGGUUGGAGCUAAGGUCAUAUUUAUGCCUGAUCCUUCAUCUUUAUGCUAUGAAUGCGUCCUAUCCAUGAAAUCAGUCUGGACCCCCAGGUCUCUUUUUAUAUUGUGAAACAGGGACUAAUAGUUUGCCUUGUAGAUGGUCCGGCUACUCUUGGUAACCAUGAUACCCAGAUACUUGAUUGAGUCCGUCAGACGGAGUUGCAUUGUGGUUUUAACUGUCUUUUCGGCGGCGGCCGACAGGUGCAUCGGCAUAGCGCUAGACUUUAUUAAACUGACUUUAUAGCCAGAUAUUAGGACAUGUUUCCAGAUCAGUCCGAGCAGAGGGGGUAAAGACACGAGCGGGUCUGAUAUCGUAGGUAUGACAUGUUGGCAUAGGUCCCCACCGACCCUCACCCCCUUCGACCCUCACCCGCGGGAACUCUCUAAGGUGCUGUAGAAAAGGUUCUAAUGCAAUAGCGAAUAACAGGGGAAAGAGGGGGAAGGGCGGAAACCCCAUCUGGUACCAUUGCUGAUGGGAAAGGUACUGUCACCAUCGCCCUUCAACAUUACCCGUGCCCUCAGGUCCCUAUAGAGGACCCCCACUGCGCUCACAAAGUGCCUCGAGAGAGAACAAAUAUGGCCACUCCAUCCUGUUGAAUGCCUCUCCACGUCCAGAGACAAGAGCAGAGAAGGCGAAGUGUCUAUUUUUAAACUGUUUGUGGAAUGAUUGUAGAAAGAGAACUUAUUCAUUUACAUUGAAAUUAAAUACUUUGCAGCGGCUUUAAGAAUAUUUUUGUGAGUGUGAAAAUUACCCUGUGUUUUCAGGUACUGGAGUAAUACAGCACAUACAGUUUAACAGGGUCAUACCAUAUGAUCCGUGAAGAAAGAAAAUAGUGGGGAGGUUGGAGAAAGUGUCAAUACCUAUACUAAAUGGAAAGGGGCUAAAUAAUAAUUGCAUAGGCCAUUAUAUUGUAGCUACUGCGAUGUGUCCAACCACUAUGACCACUUCAGGUAUUUGAAAUGGUCAUGGUGAUAGGAGUCUGGAUGUGCCACAUUUCCGUUUUAAACUCUGCACAUCUAGAGAUAUGUGCACUUGUAUGUACCAGGUUACAUUCCAGGCACACUUGCAUUCUCGCAUUCCGGACUGCAAAAUGUCAAGUCUGUGCUAAUUUUACGUUGGCGCACACCUUCUCUGUUCUCCCCCAUAUGUGCCCCACCUCCAUCCACUGCUUGUAUAUUUGGUUUAUUUAAUCCCUCACACCUACUCCUACUAUUUUUGUAAGCUUUAAGGGGGGACCUAUUAACAAUGCCCAAUAGGACAUUCUAAGCCUAAAAAAUAAACCAUGUUAACGUGUUGGAGUAACCCUUUAAAAAAUAAACCAUGUUAACGUGUUGGAGUAACCCUUUAACAUUUGUCAUCGAGUUCUAGUAUAGUUUUCUUUAAAGUACUUGAUUUAUCACCUGUACUGAUGUUUACAUGUGAAGUGUACUACAUGUGGUGAGCAACUACUGUUUAACAAAAAAAAAAAAGGUAUUCAUUACCAGGGUAAAAAUAUAAAUAUGUCUGUUUAUAAUUCAAAUGUAAAGCUCCUCUUUUCUUUCCUGAAGAACUUUUCAAAUUGUUUAGUGGUUUUAUUUUUUUUAUUUUUGUGUUUUAUUUACUUAGAAAAAUUAGAAAUGAAUUUCUGUGAAGUGGACUAUGUUUUUCCAGUUAUUGCAUUUUUUAAAAAGAUCCUUCCAUUAAAUGUUUCAGGUCAAAGUUGGAUGGGUUCCCUCGCCUUGAACCACCACCACCAGUUGUGAAAAAACGCACCCCACGCGCUCUAAAAACAACACAAGACAUGAUGAUUUCAGCAAACCCUGUGAUAAAUAAUGCAGAGAAUCAUCUUAGCUUCCCUUCUGCUAUCUUGGUUAUAAGUGAAACCCCGAAUAAAUCUUCCAUUGAAGUGAACCAUUCACAAGACUCACAACACCAACCUGAACCUGAGGAACAAAUAGGCGUGCUUUCUGAAGUUGCCUUUUCUGUACCUGACCUAAUUCACAAAGAAAACCUGGAGGCAAGCCUCACUGCUGAAUUGCCAGUUAAGAUUGAUGUAAAUAUCUGCAGUAGUCAGGAUGAGUUACGGGAAGAGGAAGUAAAUUCAGAUUAUACUUCAUGGCCAAGAACCUCAAGCAUGGACAAUGAAAGUAAACAUCCAGACCUGUUGUCCUUUGAGUAGAUUCAUAGUUUUGAAAUGGCCUUUGACUUUUAACUGGAAACCGAGAUCUACACUUUGUCAAUUCUGUUUAAACAUUCUCACAAUUUACUGUGGGGUACUUCAGUAAUUGCCGUUUCGCUGGCCUUGUCAUCCUUGAAACUUUUUUUCACCAGCCCAAUACAGGUAGUGUGUAAACAAUGGCAAUUUUUUUAAAUAGAAUUCACCCAUUAAGUGCCUUCACAAAUCUUGUCCAAAACUUAUAUGCAACUAUUGUAUCGCCUGUGUAAUAUAAACAAAGCAUCGACUUACCUGUCGUAUUCCCGUAGGUUCUGCUAAACAUUUCAAGGUCAAGUACUAAACAGAAUGUUUGUUUUUUUUUAUUUUAUUUUUUAAAGCAUUUUGACUACUUAUUUUAGCUGCUUUUGUAAUUUGAAUUUUUCAGAACUAUGAUAAGGAAAUUCACAAUUUUAGAACUUUCAAAUAUUUUUUGUAGAAGAUAGAGCUAAGUUUUGUAUAGCAUGUGAAAGCCUCAAAAGAUGGAAAUCAUAAUGGGAUAAAGAGUGUUAAAGGGUUCCAUUGGAUGAAAGUCAGAAACUGUUUGUCUGUGCAGAAAAAUGAGCAGAUGGCCAAAACGUUAUACAUGCUCUGUUUGUCAAGGCAAAACGAACAGUCAUUAAAUUAUAUUGUUUAUUCAGAAUUUUUAAAUGUGUUAAACACUACAAGACUUAACAUUCUAUAAAACUAGUGCUCUAGUUUAAAAUCAUUAACAAUGAUAUAUAUUCUUAAAAAUGCUUUUUAGAUUGUGGUUCUUAUCUGUUUUGACAUGGAUACAAAUCUUGUACAUGGCAUUAUCUUGGUGAUCAAUUCUUCAAAUGCAAAACACCCUUCUUGGUUUAUUUCCACUGUCAUCUGGGAUACCAUUAUACUGGAGAAGGCAGUUCUACUACAGUGAACAAUUUUUUUGUGGGCUGUUGCCCAUUGAUCUGAUAAAUAUCAUCAGUCUGUUCUAGCCAGUGGUGAACCACGAUAUAGAGCACAUGGAGACUGAUUUUUAGUCUCAACAUAGGCGUCAAACACCACUUGGAAAAAUCUCCUCCAGUGGUUCCUAUGUCAAAUUCACAGUACAUUUUUGCUGCAAUUGAUUACAAUUGUUUGACUAUGUUUGCAUUUUUCUAUUUAUUGCUUAUUUUUCACUCUAUCAUUUUUGGCAAAUGGCAUUUGGUUAGUUUAUCAUUCUUUUAGCCACUUUUGCAGACAAAAAAUGUUCCGAUUCACUUUUUUUCCGCCACUAAAUCUGGCGGUCUUUUCAAAUGGAAAUGUGCGCGAAAAGUUGUGUAUUUUACUAUGACAAAAGCUGUCACAUUUUUAGAUCAUAACAGAUACUUUUCAUAACACUCUGAUAAAUAUUCCCCACGGUUUUAGAAUCUUAAGGUUUGAUAUUGAAAUAUUAAAAGAAUAUGCAUUAGAUUGUACAGUCAACAUUUGGGCAGUUAUUGGUUUUAGGGAUUAUGUACUGAUCUCAGAAAAGGAGGGCACUAAAUUAUGUAUGGUGCUGUAGAAGGCAUUUUCAUUGUGCUAUUAUUUAUAAAUGUUUUAAUCUCUCAGAACAGGCAAGAUACCUUAAACACUGAAUCUUUUUAUAAGUAGCAGUCCACAACUGUAUAGUUAUUACCGCUCAUACAUAAUCUGGAUUAUGUUGUACAUGCAAUUUUAAUGGCCCAUCAGUGUUGAAAAGGAUAUGUAUUGAGUAAUGACAGGAUACAAGUAAAAUGUUAUGUGGAAUUUAUUGAAAUGUAUUGGCUAGCUAGCAAUAUGCGUGUAUGUGUGGACAGUACUGGAAUCUAUACAAUCAUGCACUAAAUUGGAAUUGCUACAUACGUGUAUAGCCAUAUAUGCAACACACCAGUUGUAGAACUGUAGACAAUGUACUGGAAAGUGCACAUAAAAAGGUAUAUUACCCAGUAUAUCAGAUUUUCAUUCAAUAUGGGAUCAGUUCUUGAAGAAUCCUCCCAAGAGUAGCCAUCCGAAUGUGAGUUUAACAUUAUGGAUGUUGUAUUGUGUGUAUCAGGAAAAUAUCCAGAUUCGUAACCACUUUUUGUGUUUAUAGUGUUGUCUUAUGAGAACCGCUGCAUCACUAGUUAUAUAUAAAUUAAUUUAUACUGUGUAUACAAAAGUGCAUAUAUUUAGUGUAAAUACAAAAAUACACCUUUGAAAAUGUAUUUGAUAAACUCUGUUUCAGUACGGCAGUCUAUAGAAAAUCAGAUAUGCCCAAUGCAUUUCACAUCAGGAAGUCUUUUGUAUCAUGUAAUUCUCAUUUACUGUUCAAUUACCCUCUUUGUAAUAUUUUAAACUGCUGUGGAAUAAGUUGGCUAUAUAUAUGCCAAUAAUGAUACUGUAUCAUGUCGUGUGUUUUUAUUUUUUAAGAAUUAAGUUUCCCUGCCAAAGUAUCUUAGCUUGUCCCUUUCUUUCACACCCAAUAUCUCAUUGACAAUCCCUCACUGGUGUUAUCUGUUUGUGCCAUUUAUAUAUAAUUUUCCUUUAAACAGAAAAUUGAGUUGCAACUCAACUGACAGAAUUCAUAAUUGCAAGUCUCUGAGCAAAUGGAUUGUGCCUACACUGAAUUAAACAUGUCCAACAGUUCAGACUCAGACAGAUUGAGAGGGCCUCUGCUUCUAGUUGCUUCUUGGAGUGAGUAAAACUAAAGGCUGAUGAUCUAAUCUGUAGCGAUUUGCAAAAAUGAAAGGAAUGUCUUGUUCUUUAAUUAUUUCGGGUUGGUUUAAUUAUUUUGGAUUGGAUUUUGUGCACUAGUGCCCCAUUAAUUAGAUUUUCUAAAUUGAUUUGGUGUGAAAGUUUUGCUGCAACAAGGGUUCUCACAGCAAAGUUUAACUUGAAUAGCCUGUUUCAUACAUCUUAUCCAUUUUCUUAAAUUAAGCUGCCAUCAGCGGCUUUUAACUGAAGUGUUAGGAGUACAAUGCUAUAGUGUUGCCCUAUUUUUUUUUAGGUGCUCCCCAUAAAGGUUUAAAACGUAAGCUUUACUUAACUUAUAUCUUGAGUGUGAUGGUCUCACUGCGACCGCCCUGUCUCCUAGACUGAGAUAAUCAACCUGGGAGGCCAGUGCGCCAAUCCAGGGCCACCACAGCCUUGGUGCGAAAAUUGCCCAGGACCACCCACCCCAAUAAGUCUACCCCCACACAUGCAGACACACAUACAUACAAACACAUACAGACACACACAUACACAAAAUAUUUUAGUCACCAUUCUGUUUUCUACCUUUUAGAUGCAGGAGGGUGACUUCCCUGGUGGUUGCUGGGAGGAAGUGACCGGGCAGUCACUUCCUCCCAGCCUCUGACCUCAUCAAACGGGGCCCGGUCGCGCUGUUAAAGUACCGCAGCUCUGACUGAUCCCCCUAGAAAUCCAUAGCCAUCAGGUAGCCCUAACAGCAUGGGCCACCCGAUGGGACCCUUAAGGUGUGGCCCCGGCGGUUAUACGGGACCGCUACAAAUGGCAGCAGACCCCGCGGUCGCAGGGCGGCCGGGCCCCCCCUUAAGAUGAAGUAGACUGUGUGCCUUUAGUGUCCUUUACCAAUAUUUUAGGAUAGUGCUUAGUGCAUUGCUCAGUGACUCUUAAUAGUUAUUAAAUUAUAAAUUAAUGGUUUCAUCGUUGGUCAUGCUUUGACCCUUAAAGGGAAACUAUAGUGCCAGGAAAACAAACUUGUUUCCUGGCACUAUUCUGUGAAGGCCCCUCCCGUCGAACUGAAGGACCAAAAGUCGUCUAAGAAGCCAUAAGUCCCUCUAGUGGCUCUCUACUAGAGUUAACCCUCAGGUAAUUAUUGCAGUUUAUAAAAACUGCAAUAAUUACCACUCUAAGGUUAAGGGUGAUGGGAGUUGUCAUUCAGACCACUUCAAUGAGCUGAAGUGGUCUGGGUACCUACAGUGUCCCUUUAAAGGCUGAGAUCACUACGCAUUUGAUCUACUUUGCUAUUGCUAAUUUACUUGUAGUUCAAUCUUUCUACAUCCAGACGCAAGAAUCCAUGAGGAGUUUACAUUUGUAUUUUAGAGCCACUGCUGUAGAGAACACGGUAAUCAAAACAUUUGGUAAUAAUUUAUGGCUCAAAAUGUAAAUUCCAAUACCAAUAUUUAGCCGUAAAUGUUACUCACCACUGCAAAAUAAUGUGAUAUAUAACAUUGUAAUCCUGUAGUGCAUGCAAUUGCUGUGACGCUACGGAACCAAUGCAUUAUUGACAUAACCUUUUUUUAAAGUAGCACUGUAUAUCUACAAGAAUGAAGAUGAGAGGUAUUAAUUUGUGAUUUUUUCACUGUAGAAAAAAGUACUGUAUUUUUCACUCCAUAAGCCACACUUUUCCCCCCCUCAAAAGUGAGGGGAAAUGUCUGUGCGUCUUAUGGAGUGAAUGUGAAGCUUUACUUACCUUUAUUGUAGCGUGGGCCAGCAGAACAGCGCGCACCGCGGUACAGGAACUUAAAUUUCAGUUUCUGGUUUCCAGCCGGACUGAAAGGAAGUGCGCAAAUUUAAGUUCCUGUACCGCGGUGUGCGCUGUUCUGCUUGCCCACGCUCCAAUAAAGGUAAGUAAUUAAGGAACACGGGGGAGGGGAGAAACUAUUUUACUGCAAAUGAUUAACCCUGGCAUUAAAUAUUCAAAAUACUAAUUAGCAUUCUAAAUGUUUAGAUAUUUAUGUAAAAUCACUGUUGUUUUUGACUUACGUAUUCCAACAGAAUUAUUCACUAAAAUCAGAAUGUUAGUGGAUUCAAUCAAAAUUUUGCAACACUGAAGCUAAAAUAGGCCUAUUUCAAAAGGACUGAAAUUAACAAAAUUUCAGCAAAUUGAAUCUUAAUCCUAAAAGUAAUUAAGGGACACUAUGGGAUGAGGGUUGUUAAAGAUCACUAUGGGACGAG